AUGAUGGAAUGCGGGACUUCUGCUGACGCCGCGUGGCUUUCGAUCAUAUCCGUGUUAGUGGCUUUCCAGGUAGGCAGCUAUAUCUAAUUAAUUUUAUUAUUUUGCCUUUAUAAACGAACAAACCGUAAUAGUUUCUGUCACGGAUACGCUCAUUACAGAUUCAAAAGACUAUCAGCUGUUCUAGUCCCUCGAGAUCAAGUUUGCCGGUGCAAAAUGUCAGUUGUUAUCAAUAUUGUACCUGGGAAUCUUUGUCUGAUUGUUAAGUCGUUUACAAAGCGAUUCUUUGUCACCAUUUUGGCCGGGAGCCAUUACGAUUACCUUGUUAUUAUUUUAUCACUUUAUUCAUGGUCUGCGGGUGGUAUAAAUAAAACCCGGAUUAAAGAAAUUGCAGCUGUUUCGUUUUGCCGGUGUCAAGCAUUAUAUGUGUAAUUGAUCCAGACAAAAUCUUACUUCUUGUUUUGCGCAGUAGACGUUAAAGUCGAAUGUACCUCGAAGGUAUUUUAAAACUAUUGUACUUUCUUUGUUGCGUUGUGUUGUGUUUUACAGGGAUUUAGCUUCGCUGUUUAUCAGGCAGGGACUAGACCUUACAAUUCUUGGAAUCCCCUUCUUGUACACACCCUUAUAAACUUCGCUGCUGGAUCAAUUUUAUGGUACUCUGUUGGAUAUACAAUAUCAUUUGGAACAUCGCAAAGGGUAAGAAACUUGGCCGGGGGGGGGGGGUGGCACUCCCUUAUUUGGCCUACUAAAAUACAGGUUACAGAAUGUGCUGCUGUAUAGGGUAUGGUUUUCAGUGUCUUUAUCUUAAACAGGGUAUGCAAUUUCAUUUGGUACCUUACACAGGGUGGUUUUUUGGGGGUCAACAAAGAGCGUGAAUGUUGGUGAUUAAUUGGGUGGUCUCUUGUUUUAAUCAGGGCAGCAAAAUGAACAAUUUGUGUCUUAAACUGGGUCAGGGUGAGAAAACAACCGUGUCACGCCACCUACAUAUACUCCCAGUCUGAGGAUAUAAUUUGGAAGAUGGUAGCCUGUAAUAAUUCUCUGAACCUCUUUUUGAAGCAAGUUACAUAACUUGCAAUUCCCUUUCAUCCAGUUUUUGGUUCUCUGAAAUGAUAUGCAGUCUUUGCUGAAGGGAAGCAAAAAUACAUGCAUUUUUUGACAAUAUAAGCCUAAAUGGUGUUGCAAGAAAAUUUUCUCCUCUUUGACUCUUUUCAGCCUGAGGUGAAUUCAUGUAAAUGGAUGUACACUCUGGGGUAAUCUGGCUGUGAUGGACUAGACUCUUAAUUAAUCUUCCAGCGGGGAGUUAGCAAUAAUGCGUCAAUCUCUUGCAUGCUAGAGAAACUAGGGGGGCUCUGAUCGAGUUGGCCUCAAUAAUAAUAAUUAGUUUGCAAUUUACCAUUUUAGGGUUUAAUUGGUAGUCUUGAUGGUGCAUUCUUCUUGGGUGUGUACAACAACUGUUCAUUGCAACAGGAUUCAGUCCCAGCAAUUCCUUUUGCAAUUUUUGAACUGAUGCUUGCUAUUGUCACGCCAUUUAUGUUUCUGUCUGCUUGGUAAGUGAAAUAACUAUAAACAACCCUUAUAGUCACUCUACUCUAAGUAACUAUUAAUUUAAUUAUAUACAGCCUUCUCCCCCGUAUAUCUGCAGAAUCCUUCUGAAUUAUAUCUAUCAAUAUAGUGGCAUUCCCAUGGCCAUUAAUUUGCCGAGUGAUUCCCUUUGGUUGUUGUUGUUUUUUUUAUGAUCACAAAUUUGUGAGCUGUAGAACAAGACCAGGGGGUACUCCCUAAUUUUUUGGCCUAACUGGACCAGCUGCUGUGCUUAACGGGGUAUGGUUUUGGGGGGCUUAGUCCUAAGCAGGCAUAAUGGGCAUAUAAUUUCACUGUUAGCAUCUUGAACAGAGAAUUUUUCUGGACCAGCUGUUGCCUUGAAUAGAUUUUACGUGAUGCCUGGUGUGAUCUAGAGAAAGGCCAUUGACUCCAAGUUAAGGAAAUUUUUUACUUUGAAGAACAGUAAGACUUACUCAUUUUAAACAGGGUUGGCAAAAGGAAUGGAUUUUGUCAUAUACAGGGUCCUCAGUUGCUUACCCAACAUAGUUUUACGAGGCUCCGCCUGGAGAUCCAACCCCUUACCCUUUCAAGUACCAUUUUUGGCAGAAAAGGUUCCACUAGCUUUCAUAUACAGUACCUGUCACUGAAAACUGUACCCCUCCUCAUCAACUUGUGAAUCAGCUGAAUUCCCUACCCUUAAUUUACGUAUUAUAACUGAAAAAGGUACCCCUAAUUGUAUUUGUUGUGGUUCGAUUUUAUCCUUGGUUUAGAUUUUAUUUUCCUUCAUUUCAAACUCAUUAUCAUACAUUGCCAUACCCCAAAACAAGGGAAACAAAAUUUAAACCAAGGAUAAAAUAAUUGAACCACAACAUAAUUAUACAGAAAGUAUGAUGAAUUUUCUUUUGAUUUCCUCUUAGGGCAGAGAAAAUAAGCAUACUUGGUGCACUGGUAAGAACGAAAAAUUUCUUUAAAUCAUUAAUAUACCACAGUCUUGAGAGAAAAUUGAGUAAUAUAAUUAUUAUGGGCAGACUCUGUUUUUUUCAGCCAGUUGGAAAACAUUGGAAUACCAGCUAGUAAAGAUCAGUUAUUUCAAACUGAUCCAUUAAUUUUCAAAUGAUAUUUAAUUUAAAUAAUUUAUGUUCUUUAUAGAUUGUUUACCUGUUGUGGCCAAUCUUUGUGUACUACCCCCUCACUCACUGGAUUCGAGGAAAAGGAUGGCUUCAUGACAAUUUUGGUGUAGUGGACCAAUCAGGAAGCUUGACUAUUCAUACUUCAACAGGUAACACUGACUAUUAGACCAGAACCCAAUGCGAAAGAUUGUCUCUUCCCCCAUGAGACUACAUAUAGACUUGUAAAAUUAUCUAAGGACCAAAAAUUACCCAGGAUGUUUUGUUGCUAUUAUGGGGUGUCAUAACAUGUUCUUUUUCCUCACAAAGAAAAUUGUAGUCUGUACAAUAAUGAAGUUGUUUUGGAGCCCAAAAAGAACACCUGCAAAGUGAUGUACCAUACAGCUGUACUCCAUACUCUACCUGCAUUGUCAUUGUUAUGACUACUUUUUUCUUUCCCCAAAGCGUUUAUCACCCAUACAUGAAAGGGAAUAUCUGGAAAAAUUUUGCUUGUGGAGUCCAGAAUACUGGGCUUUGGAAUCCGGAACACUUCUCAGGGAAAUCUGGAAUCCCUCUAAAGAUUGGAAUCCAGAAUCCAAGUUCCCCUGACAAGAAGUGGAAUCCAGCAUCCAAGACUGUCUUGGAUUUCCUUACAUGAGGCAACCAAGAAUUCCGAGGAAUAAUCUAUUUCUGUUUGCGGCUUUCAGAUUCCUAGGAAUUCCUGGAAAUUCCAUUUUCCAAAUACCGUGAAAUUUGACACCUCUGGUUCCUAGGAAUUCUUAGCUCCUGAAUUCGCAAGGUUUAUUAAUAAAAGGCAUCCUAACCCAUUUGAUCCAGUCUCAGGAUUGUUACCACCAAUGACCAUGUCAUUUUUGUCGCAUUUUAGAUCCAUUUUACCUCCUUAUAACGACCAGUUGAAGCAAUCAUUGAGACAAAAGCGAUGCUAAUUUUUGUUGAAAGACAUUUUAAAAACAUAGAUUAACAUUUCAUUGGUGUGUGUGAUAUCCAGCAGACUGUACUGUACUCAGUAUAGCCCACAUUAAACUUUUACUGAUGUACAUGUGUCAUCACAUACAGUCAUAUAGUUCAGAGAGGCUUUAAUAUCAUGACACACUACCCCCAUCAAACACAGCCACCCCGUUAAUACAAUUUUUUAGCCUUGAAGUUUGUGCAAGGUAGCCAUGAGCCAGUCCACUGUACUCAUGAGUUAACCAUAACUCCCUAAUGUGGUCUAAUAUUUUAAGAUAUUCAAACUUUUUGUAAACUACUCAGGUAUUCAGCCCACACAAAAUAGUUUGUUUACUUGCUUGUAUAAUAAUUAUUUUGAUAUUAAUUUUAAUUAUACAUUAAUAAAAUUAAUAUAAUUAAACAGGUGUAUUGAAAUACACCUGUAAUAAACACUCCAUUCUCAAUAUGUUCUCUGAUUGGCCUGUUUUUACAUAACCUUCAUUUCUCACCUUUUAAUAAUUAACAGUAUCUUGUUUUCUGUUUGGUCUUGUUAGGUUGUUCUGCUUUUGUCUUUACUCUCAUCCUUAGACGAGUGCACAAGAAUCUGCUAACAAAUAAAAAUCAUGACCAAAGUGUAGAACAAAGACAUUACCAAGAUGUUUUGCUUAUUACUGGAGGACUUGUCUCCUCUCUGGGAUGGUAAGAAAAAAAACUGAGUACUGUCAACCUCUCUUGGCACCACAAAAAAUGCGAAGAUUAGUGGUUGCUCAUGGGUGGUGGUCACUUGCGAGAAUCAAACCACAGUGGCUCUCUUCUGAGAAGAAGUCCUAACACAUCUUCUUUUAAGCAGAUAAGUUUUUGCAUGCAGUUUCCAAGUUACAUAUUUGUGUGUGGCCAUGUUGUCACUGAAAGCUCUUAUACAAUGAAUGAGUGGCAUUAAAAGUACAUACAGCAAACAAAGAGACCAUAAUUCAAGUGUUCACUCACACUUUCCCAUUACUAUUAUAUCUGGAAGUAUGUGUCUUUUCCCCUCUCGAGAAUCUGUGCCAUUACGGUCAAGGGAGGUCAAGCGUACCCCCCAAGAUUCUAUUAAUUAAUUGAUUAUUUGAAAAAUGAAUCCGUUAGUCCUUCCCGCAAGUAAUGUCAAAUUCAAAUUGGCUUUCCUGCAUGCAUAAUGAGCAGUGAAUAUUUUAAGAUAACUUCUCUGUAUUUGGUCAGAUCGAAAAUCUUUGAAUGGAUUAAAUUUCUUAGAACACAUUUGCAUGAAACUGAGGGAAACUGAACUGGUAGAAAAUCCAUAACUGCCUUGAGUGUGAAUUCAUGAUUCAUUACACAUGCAAGAAUGGAGAGGUGAAUCUGAAAUCUACAACUACCAACGCAUUCAACUUUUGAAUAAUAAAUUCAUUAAUGGAAUCUUGGGGGGUACACACCUGUCUUGACUGUAAUGCCAACAACCACUUAUUAUUAUACAUUGUACUCACUAUCUGUCCUCUCAUUGGCUAAGAGCCUAUGGCUUAUUUUGGAAAUUAGCGCAACCUACAGAUUAUUAGAUAAUGGACUAAUCUGUAGGUUUUGUGCAUUGCUUGAUUUCCAGUAGCAAUAUUCAGGUUCCUUGCGGCGGUGUGUUUGUCAAUAUUUUCGUCAAAACAAAGUAUAAUAAAACAAUUAUUAGAUUCGGUUUUUGUGAUAUCCUUAAUAAUCAAAGUCUUGGUAAGUGUUAACAGCCUCGGCCUUCGGCUCGGCUGAUAACACUUACCUCGACCUUGAUUAUCCCAGAUAUCACAAAAACCUCAUCCAAUAAUUGUUUAAUAUCAAUCCAUGUUUCUCACAGGUAUGCUAUAAAUGUUGGAACUGUGCACAAGUUUAAUGAUGCUGCUGUUGUUUCUCUUCUGACCUCUCAUCUGUCAAUCUGUUCAUCUUCACUGAGCUGGCUGCUUGUCACAUAUCUAACCAGGAAGAACUUGAAUAUGGCCGAUCUGCUGCAAGGCAUCACAACUGGUCUUGUUGGUAGGUUUUCUUCCCUGGGGGAUGGGGGGGUACACAACAAGGUUUUAUACGGGGAGACUCCGCCCUUACCCUUUUGUAUAACAUUUUUGACGGAAACGGUACCCCUUUUGUGUACCUCCUAUUGACAAAAUAUAUUAAUUAAUGGUAUCCCUUUCACAUACCUAGUUUUGAACUUUGCAUCCCUUUUAACUGUUGUAAGUGCCCUGUCUUUGAAAUACAGUGUGUAUGAAUAAAUCACAAAACCAGAACGUUUUCUUGACUUAUUCACAGACAUAAAAUGCAUCUGUUAACCCUUUUGGGCCAAGUGGAUGAAAAUGCCAUGAUUGUGAGCGUUAUUUAUCACCCAAGAUAUUAAUAGGUAAUCAAAUGGUAUACGCAUGAAAUUAGGAAAUAAUUUCACUCGUCACCAUUUGAUUACAGAUACUCACAGUUACUUGUUAGUGAAUUGUAAUCGUUGUUGUUUUCUUUUCUCUUUUUGUUCGCGCUAGGUGUAAGCGCCUGUUCCGGCUCCAUAGACGUCUGGGCUUCCCUGAUAAUUGGAGUCAUCGUAGGUUCAAUAUCAUGUUUUGUUUCCUUGUCUGUUAAGAAAUACAAGCCAUCAUGGACUACUUAUAGCUCGGGGAGGCAUGAUAUCACUUAUGUCCAUGGUGUUCCUGGCAUACUUGCGGCAGUGACAGGUAUUUAGUAUUUAUGUUUUAUUUUAAUAUUUAGGAAACAGUGAGGAUCAUGUUAUCAGGGUGUCAAUCGUGACGUUGUAUACAUUUUAUCUGUGUGUGAUUUGCUGACCCAUUUGAAGGGAAAAGAGACCAUUUUUGGAGCAGGAAUUUUUCGCUGUUUUUCUCUUUGUAUCGUCCCGGAGGUGUAGCAAAACUUACAAAGUUUGAAUUUUGGAAGUAACGGGAUCAAUGAAACCAUCAAAUGAAAAGGUAACAUAAUGUACCUAAAAAUGGACCCAUUUACGUUAGUAUGAAUGAGUUGCGGGGCAGCUGCGGGUUCAGUCCUGGUUUCAUCACGAACCAGUGAGGUCUCGUAAGAUCAUACUGAAUGUAGUUUGUACGCUUUUUUUCAAUUCAGAUGAUUGUGUCGUAGAGCGGUGAGAUUAAGCCGUUGGCCUUGCGUUAAUCCUUCUUUGGCAAUUCUAAGGGGACAUAAAAUAACCCACACUGCUGUUCGAAAAAGCGCGUAGAAAUGACUUACACCGCGGUGAUUUGGCCUUCCUAGAUCCUUUGAUAUCACCUUGUUCAAUAAAAAUAUCAAGGGAUGGGUGCGUGGGUAAUAGUCAAAUAACAAAUGAAAUUUUAAGGACAGCCGAAAUUACUGAAUCUAUCUCAAUUAAAAUAUAAUGCCAAGCGUACAAGUGAAUUUUCGCUCCUUGUCAUUUUUUUCUCUUGAUGGUAAACUAUUUUAUCGUUAGCUGGCCUGUUCACAAAGUCUUCAAAUGGUCUCAACACCUCAGCUGGUGCAUUUUAUUCUAACGGGAAACAACUUGGUGUCCAGUUACUGGGCGUGGCUAUCACUAUCACGUGGUCUCUAUUUUGGACGUACCUAAUGACUUGGAUUAUAAGAGUAACUGUGAGUAAUUUUUUCUUGACUUUUGAAACUUUGCACAGGCUUUAGCUGCACUUAAGAAUAACACGAUAACACACAUAUUAUUUUGUCUCCAGUUAAUUUUCAACAGUCAGUAAAGAAAGCAAAAAAAAUUAGCGCCCCUCAUGAACGCGGUAUUAAAUUGGUUCUUUGGCAUAGAUGAAAGCCGCUUGCGGUAGCCGUAAGCAUGCAGCGAUUUAGCAGAGACAACGUGAGGAAAGAGAAGACGGCGCUUGUAGGUCUAAAAAACGAAUUGAGCAACGGCAUUGUUGCAAGUUGACACACGGCAAAAACUUGUCGCCUUCAGUCCUUUUCGGGCGCUUUUGUGUGCCUAUUCUUCAUUUUGUAUUCUUUGCUAAAUCUGCCUCACCGCACGUCUGAAGAUCAUUUUCUGGUCUAAAACUCAUUGUAUCCCGUCCCGUCCCGUGGUAAAUUUCGUCCCAGAAUCGCGCUUAUACCACUUGUACAAAACUGUUCCAUCUACCGAAAAUUAAAACGAUUAUUCGCUUUUUAGACAGGAGCCAAGCAUUGAAGCCACCUAUUGCACCAAUUCUAGCAUUGAUUGCUUAUUUUUGUGCCGAGAGUCGGCCGGCGUACAUUUCUCGUCGCAUUGACAUAGGGUUGGAGCAACAUUUAAUAAAAAAGAUUCCGAUGGAAAGCGCAUUGUUACCCAUUGCUGUUUUUGUUUUGUUUCAACGUCACCAAUGCCCCGUCCCCACGAAUCGCCACAUGUUUGAAACCGCUUAUAUUUUUUUUUACCCGGAUUCAUUCAGACUGGACCUUGAAUCACUUUGGAAGGCAGUGUCAAAAAGAUGCGGUCUCGGAUUCACUGAUUUCGUGUGGGCGAAAGGCCGAUUCAUGUAAAAUAUGGGCGCUUUCAAAAAUAUCUGGAUUCGUGUGAACGUGGCCCGAGUUUAUUUCUCGAGUAUGAAUGAAAUUUAAUGGAACGGCCUCGGGGACUACGGGUGGCACCCGAUAGGGGCGGUGGCCUCGGGGACUAAGGGUGGAUAAAAGAGCAUGCGCUAUGAGGCCGAAAUAGCCAGAUUUUGGCUACGCUAGCGCAGAGUUUGCCAGAGCUUCCAGAGCUUACGCGCGGAGUCAGACGCGUAAGCACUAGGGUCGAGAAUGUGCUCUCCCCUCUGUCCUCCUUCCCAUCACCCUUCGCGUUCCUAUGUAUCAUAUCAGCCUGUUUAACACUUGUCAUCCUAAGCUGCUUUGUGAUUAAAUAAUGGAUCUGGAUUUUAAAAAAAUUCACUUAUCAGCCAAACUGUGAUUUUUUUAUUUUUUGUCCAGGUAGGCUUUAACAGCUGCGACGCAAACGAAGUUUUAGGGCCGUAUGAGCGACCCUUUCGGGAUCAGAGCUCAGCGUUGCCUAUGUUAUGCAAAGAAAAGGAAUCGCUUCGUAACAAGCUUUUUAAGGCGAUAACUGAAGAUGAUUUACAAGGGCUUGAUGCAUUAGUUGACACACAGGUGUGCUUCGGCGUGCAGGACUUUGACAAACGAACACCGCUGUAAGUUCUUUAGCUAUUAUCCUAUUCCACCCCGCUUCUGAAAAUGGAUUGGACGAAAAGAAGAAAAGUUCCCAAGUUACAACACCUCUCAAUGAAUUCCAUACCUCAGUAAAAUUCUAAAUUAAAUUGGCGUUGAAAUAUAUAUAUUACUUAUACGGGUGAUUGCAGGAGUUUUUACCCUCUACACAGCUGAGGUGGAGAUUUUAAUUGAAACCCCACUUAAGCGGGCUACCUCACCUACCUGGGGUCCCCCAACUCCACGUAAACAGGCCCUAAAUUUGGUAAAAACACCUCAAUAAGUAGGCAACAAACAAGUUAAUGGCAAAUCCCUUAUCCCUAUUUACAUCUAGAAACUUUACAAUUGCGUAAUUCAUUGUCUGUCAAGUAUAAGAGCUGGAACUGCACGUGGACGCCAUCUUGGGUUAAUAAGCUAGUUAUGCGCAUGCGUUGAGUUCUGUAGAAAGAUUCCUGAUGACUUCCUGUGGGACCAAGGUCCCAUGAAUGUGACAAUAAGAAGACAAAAAUUUGAUUUUAUUACUUAAAUUUGCCUGUAACAUUCAGCUUGGGCCAAAAAUGAAAAGUUUAGCUGCAAAUCUAGCCAGAAGUGCAAAUUAUGCUAGCAGUGCUUUUUUUCGGAAAAAAGGUGAAAAUUAUAUGUGCUAGCACAAUCUAUCAAAGCCUACCGAAGGGGGUACCAUUUUUCAGGCUUCAACCAGAGUUCUAAACUAGUUAUGUGGAAUAAGUACCAUUUGUCAAUAAACAGUAUAGGAGAAAUGGUACCUUUUCCGUCAAAAAUGGUAUAUAAAAGGGUAAGGGGUUGGACCCUGGGGCGGAGGCUCCCCAUAUUAAACUUUUUAGUGUACCCACCUGGUUCCUAUAGAAAUUCCCGGAAACGCGCACUUUUCGAGGUAACUGUGGUAUUUCCUCUUUAAGACUCAAAUGAUGCAGGGCAUUCCGGUUCGCCGUGAAUUCCAACUUUGCUUCUUUUGUUAUAGCCACGUAGCUGCCAGCCGUGGUUAUCUCCACUGUGUCAAGUUUCUUUUACGACAGCUUGGUGUCGACAUUCAUGCAAGAGACCGCUGGAGAGCUACACCGCUUUCUGGUAAGUCUGAUUUCUGUAAAAUAUCCAGUUUACAAAAAUUCUAAAACACCUUCUUAGAAAUGAAUAGCGCAGUAUAGCAACCACCACCUGAAUUGCCUGGAAAUUGUGAUCGUUACAAGUAGAAACAGAUUCAAAAGAAGUCCUCUUUUGGCUUUUUUUGGAUAGACGUCGUUCUCGUAGUUGAAAAACCAUGAGACAAAGGUCACACGCGAGGCAGCCACAAAAGACUGACGUGCCAGUCAAAUCUCGCACGCUCGCGCCUAGCAUUCGCCUCGUUUGAAAGGCUGAGUUAUUAAUAAAAGUUGUUUAUUGUAGAAGCUGUACAGCGCGGACAUGAUGCAGUGGUUCAGUGCCUGUUACGUCAUGGGGCUAGCUGGUGUGAAGAUGGAGUGGGAGACUUGCUGUGCAAAGCUGUAGGUUCGUUUUCAAGUCUUUUCCGAACUAAUGAAAUCCUAAAAAGACGUAGAAUUUAUGUGCAUGUGUAUUUGCAUUCAGGCCUAUAAAUCCUUAGAAAAAUUGCGAAGGGUCAGUAAUUAUAGUCAAGUCAAGUUAGACUUAUUUGUUAUCCCACAAACCUAAACCAAGAGAGAAUGAAAGGGACAGAGAGUGAAACGCCCAGUCCAACCCUUAAGUUAUGUGAAUUUCACCAAAGUUAUUUUUAGACCAAUUAAACGCUUGAAAUUAAUGGAAAGUUUUUUUCCGGAUAGGUGCGCAAACUUUUAUUCAGUUAUGUCAAGAGAGAAUUUAACAGUCCUCAUUACAGAUUUUCUGCUUUGAUGCAGUCGCACGUGGACUUGAUGGCGUUUCAAACAAUUACAUUUGCGGACGUCCCAGGAAUUAGACUUCUGUUGGAUUACAACAUCUAAAAAUAACUCUAUUGAGGUUCCGUCACAUUUCCCGGCUAACGCCAUAAGAUUCCCUCUCUGUGCCAUUACUCUCUUGCCUAAACACAAGAUAGUACCCGCGCUGUGAUUGGCCGUGAGGAGUGUUUGCAUGAGAGUGUGUAAACAUGGUUGUGACGUCUAGAUGUUUUGCUUUCCCCGCGCUAAUCACGCAAGCACGAAUUUGGAAAAGGUUUUGAAUUCAAAACUCGACUAGUUUACUUUAUUUACGUCGGCUGAAACUUUACAAACACUCGAAGGGUUGGGAGAAUUCUCGACAGUUAUGCAAACCCUCGAAUUCGUCUCAGGUUUGCAUGACUGUCCCAAAUUCUCCCAACCCCUCUCGUGUUUAUAUCAGGCUAUGCAAACACGGAAAACGUUUUCUAUUGUUUAACUGGUACAUCUGUUAUUUGCUUUGCGGCUAUAUUACCCUACUUCCACGAGCCUUGUCACUUUCAUUAGUUUUGCGGUUGCCGUUCAUGGCAAUUGCAUCAGGGGCACCCAUCGACUUGGAAGACAAAAUAAUGCCUAGAAAUUUGUAAAGCUCGAGAAAGGCUAAACAUUUCGAAUCUGUAUAACCGUUCCAUUCAUCUGAGAUAUUCAGAAUUGUUGUUACUAACUUUACUGCGAUUUUCUAGCGUUAUAUUUUUACAUUUUAUCACCAAGAUCGCAUAUUGUGAUUAUUGUUAAAAAAAUGGUCUCGUAAAAAUGUCGGCAUAAAGACAAACCCUCCCAAAGAAUCUUCUUCUAAUGGAAGUGACGGCUACGCCUUGUCCUCGAACGUUUGCCGGGGGGGCCCCUUAGGGUGGUUAACAGUUUCGGAUGAGACGAAAAAGCCACCUAAAACUUUGGAGACGUCCCCAAAGACAUCCGAACAGAUAAAACGUUUUCAGGGCAGCUCCAAAUUAACCAAACAGACUUCUGAAGCUUGGCGAAACCAAUUUGAGACACUUCUGACGUAUUAAGAGACAUUCUGUCGUUCGGUUUCCCUGAUGUCAUCAUUUGUCUCUUUUCUUCCUCUCUGUAAAGUGAAAAACAAUCUUGAAGAGCUUCAGCGGCUGGUGUUACUUGGUGUAGAUGUUAAUGCCCCAAACUCAGAUGGCAGUACAGCGCUACACGUGGCGGCGUCUCUGGGCAGUAGAGGAGUUGUACAGUAUCUUACUGAAAACAGGGCAGACAUUAAUGCUGUCGACUCCUUAGGAAAUGCCCCUCUGAAUGUGAGUAUACUAUCGUCUCUCUGUCUUUCCUUUUUCGGGCCUAUAGUUAUGAGCACGCGUAAUACAGUUUAAAAGAUAAUGUUGAGCUGUGACCCUCUCACUUUUGCGUUUUUGAAUGAAAUCCUCUAUUGUUGCCAUCAAGUCAAAUUAAAACAAGCGCGCAAUUUCCCUGGGCAGUGUUCACUGUGGUGUGCAAGGUAUUUCUAAUAUAUUUGAGCGGAUAGAAUCAUCUGAUGCCAUAAUAAAAUGAGAAGGCUACUCAGUGAACUUUUCCUAUGGUGCCGUUUAAUGUAUAGAUUUCGCCAGGGCUAAAAGCGAAGCUCUCGUUUACGUACUUGUGAUUUACUCAAAAAGAAUUAAAAUCGUGUAAUGCUGAACGGCGACGGAAAUAGGAAAGGCAAAAAAAAGUCAAUAGGUCUAAUAAACAAAGAACAACAACGACAACUUUUCUCGUGCAGCACACUUUUUUGUACAUUGCUUUGCCGCUGUUGUUGCAACGCGAAUCUUCCUAGUUACAUGUUUUAAGGAGAAAAUGUCGUCGUGCACACAAAAAUUUUGUUGCUUGUGUUCCUGUUCGCUGUUUUUUUCACUGCCCUCAUUUUCAACUUUCUGGCCACUAGCAUUUCUCAUUUUCUCACCGCCGGUACAAAAUUUUUAUGUUCUUCCAACGAAAUUCGUCUCCCUUGCUUUUUAUCUCUCGCAGUCUAGCUCUCUGUCGCUCUUGUUCUUGUUGAGCUUUGCUAGCCUGUCGCCUACUUUCUCGUUUUCACUGUCUUUCUCUUUCUCCAUAUUCCAAAUUUGUGGACUUGACAAUUAAUCUAAGCUUAAUACUUUAGAGAACACGGAUACAAUUUCCGCUUUCCAUUUUGUCUUUGUUGACUCUUUAAUUGCCUCUGCUUCACAAGACGCGGUUGGCCAUGCAAUUUGGGUUGCCAUACCUGUUGAUUGAGUUAUUUUACAGUGGUUUACCUGUGGUGCGGACAGACGCGCGGUCGGUCGGACGUACGGUCACGUGACUACAAGUCAUUACCAAAAUUUCUCUGAUGCAUAGAUAACUAAAUUCUCUUACCCAUGGUGCUCCGCUAUUACAGGAUGGUUCUAAAUUUAAGUCUCAUUCUGUGGAUGCAGUCCUAAAGAGUGGCCAUUUCAAUGAAAGUAGCCUGUGCAGUAAGUAGCCUGUUCACAGGCUACAAUGAAAGCUACCUAGCAGUUCUUUCGCAUGGUGAUGUUUAUUUUUGCUGUAUUAGAUUAGGAAUGUGGACAAAAACUUGUCAUGUGACUGUUAUUUCUUUUUUAUUUCACUCGGCGCUGAUUGUUUUUAGUGAAUCUAGAAAAUCAGCUUGCGAAAACUAACCCGUCUGUUCUUUUAAAAAUUCCUCGAGCGCAAAUUAGUGUCACCAUAAAUUAAAGUAAUUAAUUAGAGUUUAAGAUACCACGACGGCUACGUCAGGAAAAACGCCUCUUACAAAGUAAAUGGGCGUUCUCUCAAUCUUCGUCGCCAUUAUUCCAACUUUUUCCAUAUCCAAGAUCUUCGUCAUUUGUUUAAGUUCUCCAUAAAACUUCAAAUUAGGCAACUUCACAUCGUAGUGGUGGAGUGACGGCAAAGAAAUGUACCAAAAAGUGUGAUGCACGCGCAAAGUUGUUGUCUUGCUGAUUAAGGCUACUUCCACGCUCUACCUGAUAGCUUUUGCGCCGCCACCAAAAUCAUACCGGAUAUGGCUUCUGUUCACAGAUAAGGACGAUGAUUUUGGCGCGAUAUCUGACGGAGCGAAGCCUCGCCGAUCUCGAAAGUGUAGCGUCACAUAUCGGAGAGGUUUUGUGCCAUACUUUGGUGGAGUGUGAAUACCUAUUCGACCCCUCGCGGAAGUAAAUAAGUAGGAGCGAGGGUUGGAAUUUACUGAAACGGAAGUAAAUAUUCAAGAGUGUGGACUGGAAUUUAGUGCAUCAAACCCUCUCGGCCAACCUCGCGGCCCCGGGUCGUUGCUGUUCACACUGAACCGAAAAGCUUUUUCGUAGCGACACGAAAAGCUUUUCAGUACAGUGUGAACAUACCCUUAACCAGGAGCCAAGUAAUCGGCUCCUGCCUUAACCUGUUGCUUUUUUGACGUUCGCGUUGCCGUCGCCGUCGAAUCACAAGCUCAUUCCGUUGACUCCCCCUAGAUGCUGUCAGUUAAGUAUACUGCCCGUCCCGACCUUUCUCUUGACCUUGUGUUUUCCAGUACUCAGACAUGCAUGAGCACCGCGCGGUCAGUCAAUUACUUGAGGGACUGGGAGCCAGACGGUUAUCACAUCAUUACAGCAUGCAUGAAAUAUGUGAAGUAGCGACGAGUGGAAACUUACAGAUGCUUCGUCAUAUGGUUCAUAAUGGAGCGACAGUAUGCUACAGAGAUCUGAACAAACGAACACCGCUGUAAGUUUCUUUUCUUAGCACAUGCAGUAUGAGAUGUAGCAGAGAGUCCACUCCUUCUCGUCAUUUUUCUCUUACCGUGAGAGACCUUUCCUAGCAGGGAACCAAAGCUUCUCACGCACACCAUGAAACUAUGAAAUUUAUGAGCCGAAUCAACUAUUUUACUAGAAAUACGUGAGUCACAGAACCUCGCGAGGCAGAGGUUAACAUGUGACCAUCAAGCAUUUUAAUUUACAAAGUGAGGUUUGAAUUAUACGGUAGUGUUAAUAUCUACUAGUAUGGCGUUUGCAGAAUACUAUGGUGUUCUAUUCCCUUCAAAGUUUAUUGCUGUUGCAUUCAGUCGAAGCUGGCAUGCUCACAGGGAUCAUGACAUUUUUGUUAACUCUUCAAUAUCAUAUUUUGCCACAGUGCUCUUAUGGUUAUACAAGUUCUCCUAUUUGAGACUAGCUUCCAAGCAAGCUGAGGGGCUUAGUUUUGUUGUUUCUCUGUAUGCAGGCAUGUUAGUGCGGCUGAAGGUCAUUUGGAUGUAGUAAAGUUUCUGCUGUUGCAGCCCGGUAUUAAUAUCAAUGCUAGAGACAAGAAUGAUUUCACUCCACUUCUCGGUAGGUGCUGUGUUUUCGUUUAGUUUUCUGUGUACUUCUCAUAGUUAAUCUUUUUCGUUCGAACGCGUGUAAAUAACGGAAGCCUAGUAUCGGGUACUGUGGUCAACAAAGGUGGGACAUGGCGACGUUGCGUAGCUAUAUGGGAUGCUAGUCUGCCCACUCCCCACUCUCCCCUCUCUGACGGUAUUAUGUUCUGUCGCUCUCUUCUCCCGUUACAUAAUUCCCAGUAUUCUCUGCGGAAUGUCUGUCUUUCAAAGAUAACAAAAAUGAUGUCUAAACCCGAAAGUCUGUGUAGUAAACUCCACACGUACAUUUUGCAUAACCAACAUUGACGCCACUUCUUAUAAAUUAAUCAACCGAAAACCGAGAAGAAAAAAAAAUUCUAAAUGAGAAACCAAAUGUAUUUAUAUUUGCAACUAAUGAUUGCUUGCUGCGCAGACUAAGUAGCUCCGUUCAGAUUGAAAGGCUGUGUUCGUUUCAAGGUCGUCUGUAGAGCAGAUGGCAUAGUUCAUUUAUCCGUUAUCUUGGCAACUAAUUUUAACAUUUCUAGCUAUUUUCCUGGGUUAGACUUUUAUAAUUACAAUCCUAUUUAUCCAUCUUUACAAUAAAGUCCCGACACUUUACAACUAGUGCACUUAAUGUUAAAUUAACGUGUUGACCGUAGUCUAUUUCGCAAAAUGCAGACAGUGUUAAAGAAAACCAAACAUGAGAGAACAAACGAAAUAUCAACAAACAGAUCUUAUAACGUUCUCUUGGUAGCAUUAUUUUUAUAAUUAAUUUAUCUAAAACCGUGUAAUCUUGUCAGCUGUGGCUUUCUUCUCUGCUCCUUCAGUCAAAUCGUAAAAUGAACAAUGAUUUGCUGCUGUCUUUUCGGGAACAUAAUUUAAAGACCAACGAGUCAAUCGGAAUUUUUACCCACAAAAGUUUUCGAAUUAUUUCUUAUAUACUAUGAUCUGAUCCCUCGAAAGUCCCGGUAAGGUUUCAGGGCCGGAAAGCUGUUUUGUGUUUGCCUUGUUUGCAUGCAAUCAAAGUUUCAAUUAUUUUGAAAUUAUACAAUAACUAAACUAUCAGUUAAAAAGGCAAAAUUGACUGGUUGGUGAGCUAGGAACUGUACUACUAUUCUACAGGUUUUGAUUUUAAAAAUUGCCUUCGAGGCCGAAAAGUUUUCGGCCGGGGCCUUCGAGGAACGUGCCCCGGGGACGUUUUCUCUUCGCCUCUUUCUCUCCGAUAAUGAAUCCGAACAAAACUGCACAAUUUGAAGGUCAAAGCACUUGUUCCUUUUCAAGUUAAACAGUAUCUAAUUUUAUCCAAGGAGACGAGAAUUAACACCUAUGAGACUAAUAAGAUUUGCCUGGACGACGAAAACCUGUCAAACUUAUAAUUCUAGUAUCUGGAUGUCAAAUUGAAGUUAAAUUGUCAAACAUUAUUUAAUACUCCCUCCAAACUGUGUUCAAGACAUUAAAUAUAACAUGUGUGCCCUGUCCACACAUGCUGGUUAAAAUCUUUUUUCGUUGCAAAGUCACUUUUUAAUGCCGUUUGACACAGUUUCACAAAAAGUGAUGGAAACGUGUAUACAGCGAAAAGAGAAUAUGUCUUUAGUGCACUAGAAUUAAAAUUGUUUAACAUAUUUCGUCGGAAAAUAAUUGGGUCUGUUGCUCUAAACAUUUCUAAAAUUGCCAACCAUUUUUCUUACAGCCUAACUUCUUUUUAGGAUAGACUUUAGACCUUAUCGAACUCUGUGGGAAAAAGUUUCCUGCUUCCUUUUUUUAACAAGCUCUUCCAUUUUCAUGUAGAAAACGUACUGUUUAAUACCGCUUUUAAAUUUUGUCGGAAAGCAAUUAGGUCGGUUUCUCUAAACAUUGUGUUUGAAAAAGCAAAUCAUUUUUCUCACUGGUUGCCUUCUUUUUAAGGUAGUUUUGUGCCUGUUUAUCCGUUGUCAAUUCCCACGAUAUGUGCUACACCGGGAAAAACUAUAGAGGUACCUUAUUGGAUCCUUUUUAAGUCACUUGUAUAACGGGUGUCUUACAAGACGUGUAUGUCUAGGUUGAUAUUAAAUACGAUUAAAUUUUACAAACAGCUGGCAUUUGAAAAUGCGCUCGUCUCGUCAAGAAACCAUUGCUGAGAGUUGCACUCAGAAAACCUCGAGCAUGCACACCAAUCAAUGAGGACAAAAUCGUGGUAAAACUAUUUCAACAGUGAGUACUUAAAGCCUUUAAGUAACUUCUGCGCCUCAGUCAAAUCAGCAGAAAAUGAAUUUAAGCGAAACAGAUUCAGAGAAGAUCGACCCAAAAGAGUUGCCCUCAGUGUACUCUUGCCCGCACGAACCAGUCUAUACAUGGAUUUUAACUGAAACGGCCGCCUUCUAUGUUUCAAUCACCACAAAAUCCAUCGCUAGCCCUCUGACUGUAUUGUUAAACGUUUUAAUUAUCGUUGCGGUAUGGAGGAGAAGAGCGUUGCAAAAAAACUCAAACAUUUUGUUAACUAGCAUGGCCGUUGCGGAUCUUCUAGUGGGUGCGGUUUCGAUGCCUCUAACCAUUGCGUCGGAUAUACUUCUCCUCCGUGAGAAGUUGAGCCUUAAAAUUUGUAAGAUUGCAGGUGCAAAUCAAAUAGUGCUUUACAGCGCCGUUAGUUCGUCCUUUUAUCAUUUGACUUUUAUUGCCUGGGAACGCUAUGUAGCGAUAGUAAAGUGGACGAACUACAAGAACAUUAUCACAAAAACCCGCCUCAAAAUUUGCGCAGUGGUGGCGUGGGUGCUUGCUGCUAUAGCGGCUAUUGUUGUACCUAUCUUAAGCGUUGCUGAGGUCGAUCAGAAGGUCAUAGCUGGCUUGAGUAUUUUUUCUGGUAGUAAGACGGUGCUUUGUGUCGCCAUUAUCGGUUAUUGCUACAUUACGCUUUACCUCUAUGUGCGUAAACGAAAAAAUAACGAGAUCAACGAAGUUUCUGUGCGAGCAAACGCCAAGCUGGAGAAGUCCAUCGCCAAAGCGACUGGCACAGUUACAGCGGUUUUGCUAGUCUCCUAUGUCCCGUCAAUCAUCGCUCUUUUGUUGGGAGAUGCUGUUCCUGUCCUUCGUACAAGCUCAUAUUUUCGUUGGUCGGAGUUGUUGAUUCAGAUGAAUUCCUUUUUCAACCCAAUAGUCUACUGCUUCGCGAUGAAUCGCACCUUCAGAAACGAGGUUCUUGAGAUGAUUAACCUGAACUCUGUACUACAGCUUGAAUUACGUCCCAAGUUACCUGUAAAACGGCCUACCAGGAGAAGACGUGAACCGGCUGUGGUCUCAGAAGAAGAAAACCAGCUUCACGGAGAAAGACAACUGCCUGACCGCCUUGCCAGACGUAGGUCAUGUGAUUCAAUUGAGCUCGCUGACCUUCGUGCGAUCAACAGUUCUCCAUCCCCAACGUCUGAAGAUCGCCGAGUCGUCUUUGUCGAUGUGCACCAGCCCAGUUUCAAAAGGAGAAAGCCACUGUUUCUUCAGUUUACUGGUAACCCCAAUGAAAGCAAUCCAAGUCAAAGUGAAAAUAGAGGCGACGAGAGCUCUCUUCCCACCAGUGAGCCAUCAGAGCUGACAAGCAUCGCCCUACCUGGUAAAGAGAACCGGGCCAUCUCAGUCCAUGAAGAUCAAGCUAUACUCAGCAAGCAGAAACCCCAAUUUCGAUACACUGGCGAGUCCACAGAUAAGAACCGUGUCAAAACUGAGGACGAAAAUGAUUUUGUUAAAGAUUCCCGUGAUGCUGAUGUUAUAAGAGAAAGGUCCUGGCCUCGCCGAGUCCCUCUUGAGCUUACGCCUGUUUUAGGCCGGCGAAAUAUUCAACUGAAAGGGGAGAGUAUUAAUCGUCCAAAAACACGAUAACGUCAGAAGUAAAACUAAUGCAGUUAAUUAAAUAGAGGAUAUUACACGGUGGCGCGAAGAUAUGAAUUUUAUUUUCGAGUGGCAAAACAAUAUUUUACGAACGAGCGCAGCCAUUGAUAAAAUAAUAAUAAUAAUUGCGUCAUCGAUAAACUCACGUGUGAGGUUAUGGAAAAUAUACCACUCGGGUCCCGGAUGUAGUUUUUAUGAAUUUUACGAGUGGUAUAUUUUCCAGUAAAACACUCGUGUCUAUAUAAUAAACCAGAUUAAUCUCUGAGAUAAAAGGGGUAGUGUUGUUAGAACAUGUCUGUCAAGUUUUUUUUUCAAGGAUAUUACAAUGCUUUGUUUAGAGACAGUAAAAACCCGCGUAUAAGAACCUAGAUUUUAAGAACCCGUUAGGCUAAGAUUGUCCAUUAAGACCCCUUUUACAUAAGAACCUGUUUUACCCUACAUUUUUGAAGCCAGGUUCAUAUUUUGAGAAAUUCAGUCAAACACUGAAUACACAAAUUUAAUAGAACAAGCUCUAUCAGUUAGUAAAAUGUAUAAACUUCAUAAAUGGCUUUAACAUGCUUGGCUUUUAAAGGGAUUUUCCUACCGUAUUACAAUAUUAUGCAUGCAAUACCAAAAAUAGGCCCAAAAUAGGCCACACCCACCAAUGACAAACACCUUAUGUACUUUUAAAAAUAAGAACCUGUUUAAGAACCUGAGUAGCCUAAUUUUCCAGUUAGUUCCAUUUUAAUACAAACCUUUAGUUCUUAGCGUAGCUUGGAAAAUCUUAGGUUCGUAUACGCGGAUUUUUGCUGUAUUAAAUCGUCUACGAUAAAAUCAAAUGAUCUUUUAAAGAAAGAACAAAGGGCAAAAGAUAGUGACAGUUUCAGUUUAGAAAUAAGAGAUGAAGACUUAAAAAGGACGAAUUUGUUUGCUCUCGGUCAUCAGAGAUGUUGGUGAGAAAGUCUCUUUUGCAGAGGCGGCGGAGCGUUUUGAAACGUGAUGGGAGAGGGGGGGGAGGUCAUCUUUACACAGCCAUGCACAUACCCCUACUCAAAUUUUCCAAAAUGCUGGCUUUGCGAUGUUCCUUGGCACCAGGAAAACUCUUUGCAAUGUUCACAGUGUCUUUUGUGUUCGUAAUCCAUUUCAGACAAUGCAUCCGUAGGCAGUUGUUCAGGCGGUCCUGCUUAAUGUUGCCUCUUUGGUAGUUCUUGAGUCGUCAGCAGAGCGGGACAGAAGAUGUACGCUCUGAAGUUGGCGAUAUCACAGAUAGCUACAGGUUAUGGGAAAUACAUCCGUUAGAGUUUGUGGACCUCUCCUAACAGUGGUUUUCGGCACCAAAACACGGGGAGGCUCUGCCCAGGCAAAAACAUUUUUGCCUGAGGGGUGGCUGGGCUACCGGGCCCCCUUGCUCCGCCGCCUAUGUUUUGGAUUUUUUUUAUUGUUACUGACAAAAGAUGACACUGUCCUUUUAAAAGUGGCCGUAGUUUAGUACCUCACGCAGUCAUAGCAAAGCCAUAUUUAAUAGACUAAAAACUUUUAUUGAACAUUAAUUUCCAUUAUGAUGUAUGAUAAUGAUUCUGAAGUAAUGGAAAAUGAAAAUUAACAAAGUUUAAAAGUGAAACGCAAGUAAGACAAGGCUAUAGAAAGAAUGAACCGUGCAUGUCACGUUCGAGCUUUGACCAGUUAGUGUUCUAAACAUGGUGCGCCCUCCAUGGAAGUGUCAGUAUCUCUUAAGGUACAGUAAAACGAGCAACAAAAACAUGCAACUUGUUUUGCAGCAUUGCUGUAAGACGAGUUGAAUAUCGAUGUUGCGCGUUUUACUAGCCACGUUCAAACUUGUCUUGCAAACAAUUCAGGUUGUUGAACUUCGCACCACACUCUGCUAUCCUAACGCCUGGAACAGGCUAAACAGGAAGGGAUCAAGAGAAUUUCAGAUGUUGGAAAAAAGGAAUUUCCAUUCCCAUGCAAAAUACGCAUGAUUUGCUCGUUGGCACUCUAUCGAUAGGUAUACCUAGUUUUUUUUUCUCUGGUAAGCGUUGUAGACCAUUGUACACUGUGAAAAUGAAUUGAGUCCGACUAAUUAAGUUAUACGUCUGAAUCAACUGUCGAACUGGCAUCAUUUGGGUCGACCUGCAUGAAAAGUUAUCGGCGUUUUCCUGAAUUGGGCCUCAUUACUGCAAUUUUUCUGAAUAUAUACGUGGACAAACAAGAUGAAUUAACUGCAUUCUAAAACGUUUGCUUCAGCUAAUUAAAGUCCUGAAUUUUCUCGACUGGGCUUUGAAAUUGAAAAGAGUAGACAGUAUGGUUUCUUUGGUAUGGCGCGUUUUCUCGUUUCUUUGAUAGUUAAUCUUUUUCCUUCGAAGGCGUGUAAAUAACGGCAGCCUGGUAUCGGGUGCUGUGGUCAACAAAGGUGGGAUUCCUGGGAACUUGGCGUGGUUGCGUAGCUAUGUGGGAUGCUAGUCUACCGAUUCCCCACUCUCCCCUCCCUGAUGGUAUUAUGUUCUGUCGCUCUCUUCUCCCGUUACAUAAUUCCCAGUCUUCUCUGUGGAAUGUCUGUCUUUCAAUGAUAACAAAAAUGAUGUCUAAACCCGAAAGUCUGUGCAGUGAACUCCCCGCUUACAUUUUGCAUCCCCAACCCCACUUCUGACAAAUUAAUAAACCGAAAACCGAGAAGAAAAAAAUCUAAAUGAGAAACCAAAUGUAUUUAUAUUUGCAAUUAAUGAUUCAGAUUGAAAGACCGUGUUCGUUUCAAGGUCGUCUCUAGAGCAGAUGGCAUGGUUCAUUUAUCCGUUAUCUUGGCAACUAAUUUUAAUAUUUGUAGGUAUUUUGCUGGGUACGUUUACAAUCCUAUUUAUCCAUCUUAUAAUUCGUUAAGUCCAAAAAACACUUUACAGCUAGUGUACUUAAUGUUAAAUCAACGCGUUGAACAUAGCCUAUUUCGCAAAAUGCAGGCAGAGUGUUAAAGAAAACCAAACAUGAGAGAACAAACGAAAUAUCAACAAACAGACCUUAUAACGUUCACUUGGUAACAUUAUUUUUAUAAUUAAUUUAUUUAAAACCGUGUAAUCUUGUCAGCUGUGGCUUUCUUCUCUGCUCUUUCGUUCAAAUCGUAAAAUGAACAAUGAUUUGUUGCUGUCUUUUCGGGAACAUAAUUUAAUGACCAACGAGUCAAUCGGAAUUUUUACCCACAAAAUGUUUCGAAUUAUUUUUCUUAUAUACUAUGAUGUGAUCCCAGAUUUCUCGAAAGUCCCGGUAAGGUUUCAGGGCCGGAAAGCUGUUUUGUGUUUGCCUUGUUUGCAUUUACAAUCAAAGUUUCAAUUAUUUUUAAAUUAUACAAUAACUAAACUAUCAGUUAAAAAGGCAAAAUUGACUGGUUGGUGAGCUAGGAACUGUGCUACUAUUCUACAGGUUUUGAUUUUAAAAAUUGCCUUCGAGCCCGAAAAGUUUCCGGCCGCGGCCUUUCGAGGAACGUGCCCCGGGGACGUUUUCUCUUCGCCUCUUUCUCUCCGAUAAUGAAUCCGAACAAAACUGAACAAUUUGAAGGUCAAAGCACUUGUUCCUUUUCAAGUUUAACACUAUCUAAUUUUAUCCAAGGAGACGAGAAUUAACACCUAUGAGACUAAUAAGAUUUGCUUGGACGACGAAAACCUGUCAAACUUAUAGUUCUAGUAUCUGGAUGUCAAAUUGAAGUUAAAUUGUCAAACAUUAUUUAAUACUCCCUCCAAACUGUGUUCAAGACAUUAAAUAUAACGUGUGUGCCCUGUCCACACAUGCUGGCUAAAAUCUUUUUUCGUUGCAAAGUCACUUUUUAAUGCCGUUUGACACAGUUCCACAAAAAGUGAUGGAAACGUGUAUACAGCGAAAAGAGAAUAUGUCUUUAGGGUUUGGGGAUUUCGCAAAUACGAAUUGAAAGGACCCAUUACAUGAAUGUUUUCGAAACCGACGCAAUAGCAAGAAGAAAUAAUAGUUUUGAUCGUUUUGAUUACCGUCUUAAUAUCUUUAUUUUAUUUUUCGUAUAAAUAACGAGAAUUCAAAACUACAUACGAAAUGUAUUUUUGUUAAAUGAAACUGAAGUUUCAAGUUAUGUUUCCUUUUUAGCAUGCUCUUCUGUUUUUACGCAUUAGACUUAAGACUGUUUUACAUAUAUGUUAUAUAUGUUUUACAUGUUGGAAAAUAAUUGGGUCUGUUGCUCUAAACAUUUCUGAAAAAGCUAACCAUUUUUCUUACAGGCUAACUUCUUUUUAGGAUAGACUUUAGACCUUAUCGAACUCUGUGGGAAGAAGUUUCCUGCUUCCUUUUUUAACAAACUCUUCCAUUUUUAUGUAGAAAACGUAUUGUUUCAUACUGCUUUUAAAUUUUAUCGGAAAGCAAUUAGGUCGGUUUCUCUAAACAUUGUGUUUGAAAAAUCAAAUCAUGUUUCUCACUGGAUGCCUUCUUUUAACGCUAGUUUUGUGCCUGUUUAUCCGUUGUCAAUUCCCACGAUAUUUGCUACACCGGGAAACACUAUAGAGGUACCUUAUUGGAUCCUUGUUAAGUCACUUGUUUAACGGGUGUCUUACAGGACGCGUAUGUCUAGGUUGAUAUUAUAUACGAUUAAAUUUUACAAACAGCUGGCAUUUGAAAAUGCGCUCGUCUCGUCAAGAACCCAUUGCUGAGAGUUGCGCUCAGAAAACCUCGACCAUCACAGCAAUCAGUCAAGACAAAAUCGUGGUAAAACUAUUUCAACAGUGAUUACUUAAAGCCUUUAAGUAACUUCCACGCCUCAAUCAAAUCAGCAUAAAAUGAAUUUAAGCGAAACAGAUUCAGAGAAGAUCGACCUAAGCGAGUCGCCUUCAGAGUAUUCUUGCCCCUACGAACCAGUCUAUACAUGGAUUUUAACCGAAACGGCCGCCUUCUAUGUUACAAUCACCACAAAAUCUAUCGCUAGUCCUUUCGCGGUGCUGUUAAACCUCUUAAUUAUCGUUGCAGUGAGGAAUCGAAGAGCGUUGCAAAAAAACUCAAACAUUUUGUUAAGUAGCAUGGCCGUUGCGGAUCUUCUAGUGGGUGCGGUUUCGAUGCCUCUAACUAUUGCGUCGGAUAUACUUCUCCUCCGUAAGAAGUUGAGCCUUAAAAUUUGUAAGAUUGCAGGUGCAAAUCAAAUAGUGCUUUACAGCGCCGUUAGUUCGUCCUUCUAUCAUUUGACUUUCAUUGCCUGGGAACGCUACGUAGCGAUAGUAAAGUGGACGAACUACAAGAACAUUAUCACAAAAACCCGCCUUAAAAUUUGCGCAGUGGUGGCGUGGGUGCUUGCUGCCAUAACGGCUAUUCUUGUACCUAUCUUGAGCGUUGUUGAGGUCGAUCAGAGAGUCAUAGUUGCCUUGAGUAUCUUCUCUGCUAGUAAGACGGUGCUAUGCGUCGCCAUUAUUGGUUAUUGCUACAUCACGCUUUACCUGUAUGUGCGCAUACGAAAAAAUAACGAGAUCAACAAAGUUUCUGCCCGAGCAAACGCCAAGCUGGAGAAGUCCAUCGCCAAAGCGACUGGCACAGUUACAGCGGCUUUGCUAGUCUCCUAUGUCCCGUCAAUCAUCGUUCUUUUCUUGGGAGAUGCUGUUCCUUUCCUUCGUACAAGCUCAUAUUUUCGUUGGUCGGAGUUGUUGAUCCAGAUGAAUUCCUUUUUCAACCCAAUAGUCUACUGCUUCGCGAUGAAUCGCACCUUCAGAAACGAGGUUCUUGAGAUGAUUAACCUGAACUCUGUACUACAGCUUGUAUCACGUCCCAAGUUACCUAGUGUUAAACGAAGAAGGCGAAGAAGUGAACCAGCUGUGGUCUUGGAAGAAGAAAACCAGCUUCACGGAGAAAAACAACUGCCUGACCGCCUUGCUAGACUUAGGUCAUGUGAUUCAAUUGAGCUUGCUGACCCUCGUCAUAUCCCUGGUGACGUCGACAGUUCUCCAUCUCCAACGUCUGAAGAUCGCCGAGUCGUCUUUGUCGAUGUGCACCAGCCCAGUUUCAAAAGAAGAAAGCCAUCGUUUCUUCAGUUUACUGGUAACUCCAAUGAAAGCAAUCCAAGUCAAAGUGAAGAAAGAGGCGACGAGAGCUCUUCUGGCUGCACCCCACAACAAAUGGCAGAAAGACCCAAACCAUCGUGUAGUGAGGAACAUGACAUCUCUAGUGAUGGAAACGGACCAGAAGCCAUGGCAGAUGUUACUACAAAAGAGGAGCAAAGUCAAUUUCAUGACAACAAUGAUCGACCUCUUCCCACCAGUGAGCCAUCAGAGCUGACAAGCCUCGCCCUACCUGGUAAAGAGAACCGGGCCAUCUCAGUCCAUGAGGAUCAAGCUAUACUCAGCGAGCAGAAACCCCAAUUUCGGUACACUGGAGAGUCCACAGAUAAGAACGGUGCUAAAACUGAGCACGAAAAUGAUUUUCUUAAAGAUUUCCGUGAUGCUGAUGUUACAAGAGAAAGGUCCUGGCCUCGCCGAGUCCUUCUUGAUCUUACGCCUGUUUUAGGACGGCGAAAUUUUCAGCUGAAAGGGGAGCGUAUUAAUCGUCCAAAAACACGAUAACGUAAGAUCUGGAAGUAAUGCAGUUAAUUAAACCAGAUAAAUCUCUGAGAUAAAAGGGGUAGUGUUGCUAGAACAUGUCUAUCCAGUUUUUUUUUCUAAAAGGGUACCGUAAAAUUCCGAAAUUAAGCCCCUCCAUGUAUAAGCUCCUCCAAAAAUAAGCCCCCCCCCUGCAAGAAACCCUCAGUAAAUUGCCUUUCAAAAUACAAGCGCCCGCGGAGGUUUGUACUCGGAAUUGCCCUCAAAUACAAAGUAAAACAAAGCAAAAACGGUAAAUUUCCUCCAACUAUAAGGCUAGCCCAAUCGAUUUUGAAACGGAAAUUUCCCUCCGUAGAUAAAAAUACGCCUUUCAAAAAUAUAAGCGUCGGGGCUUAUUUUCUGAAUUUUACGGUAUUACAAUGCUUUGUUGAGAUAAAGUAAAAACCCGCGUAGAAGAACGUAGAUUUUAACAACCUGUUAGGCUAAGAUUGUCCAUUUAGACCCCUUUUACAUAAGAACCUGUUUUAGCCUACAUUUUUGAAAUAGGUUCUUAUUUUGAGAAAUUCAGUCAAACACUAAAUACACAAAUUUAAUAGAACAAGCUCUACCAGUUAGUAAAAUGUAUAAACUUCAUAAAUGGCUUUAACAUGCUUGGAUUAAAGGGAUUUUCAUACCGUAUUACAAUAUUAUGCAUUCAACACCAAACAUAUGCCACACCCACCAAUGACAAACACCUUAUAUAUUUUUAAGAAAAAAGAACCUGUUUAAGAACCUGAGUAGCCUAAUUUUCCAGUUAGCACCAUUUUUAUACAAACCUUUAGUUCUUAGCCUAGCUUGGAAAAUCUUAGGUUCGUAUACGCGGGUUUUUGCUGUAUUCAAUCCUCUACGAUAAAAUCAGAUUAUCGAAUUUGUUUGCUGUCGGCCAUCAGAGACCAUUAUUUCUCAUUCGCCGUUGCUGAUAAAGUCCGGCUCUUUUGCAGAGGCGGCGGAGCGUUUUGAAACGUGAUUGGGGGCGGGGGGGGCAUCUUUAAACAGCCAUGCAGAUACCCAUGGUCAAAUUUUCCAAAAUUCCCUUUGCGUUGUUCCUUGGCACCGGGAAACCUCUUUGCAAUCAUCACAGUGUCAUUUGUGGUCGUAAUCCAUUUCUGACAAUGCAUCCGCAGGCAUUUGUUCAGGCGGUCCUGCUUAAUGGUGCUUUUUAGGUAGUUCUUGAGUCGUCAGCAGAGCUGGGCAGAAGAUGUACGCUCUGAAGUUGGCGAUAUCACAGAUAGCUACAGGUAAUAUCAAAUACAUCCGUUGGAGUUUGUGGACCUCUCCUAACGGUGGUUUUCGGCACCAAAACGUAGGGGGGCUCUGCCCACCCAAAACAUUUUUGCCUGGGGGGUGGCGGGGCUACCGGCCCUCACUGCUGCGCCGCCUAUGUUUUGGAUCUCUUUUUUUUUUUCAUUGUUUCUGACAAAAGAUGACACUGUCCUUAUAAAAGUGGCCGUAGUUUAGUACCUCGCGCCGUCAUAACAAAGCCAUAUUUAACAGAUUAAAAACUUUUUCCAUUAUGAUGUAUGAUGAUGAUUCUGAAGAGAUGGAAAAUGAAAAUGAAAUCAAGUCUAAAAGUGAACCGCAAAUCAGACAAGGCUAUAGAAAGAAUGAACCGUGCAUGUCAUGUUCGAGCUUUGACCAGUAAGUGUUAUAAACAUGGUGCGCUCUCCAUGGAAAUGUCAGUGUCUCUUUAGGUACAGUAAAACGAGCAACAAAAACAUGCCACUUGUUUUGCAGCAUCGCUGCGAAACGAGUUGAAUAUCGAUGUUGCGCGUUUUACUAGCCGCGUUCAAACCUGUCUUGCAACAAUUCAGGUUGUUGAACUUCGUGCUGCACUCUACUAUCCUAACGCCUGGAUCAGGCAAAACAGCAAGGGACUAAGAGACUGUCAAAUGUUGGAAAAAAGGAAUUUCAUUCCCAUGCAAAAUAAGCAUAAUUUGCUUGUUGUCACUCUAUGGAUUGGUAUACCUAGUUUAUUAUCUCUGGUAAGCGUUGUAGACCGUGAAAAUGAAUUGAGUCCGACUAAUUAAGUUCGACGUCUGAAUCAACCGUCGAACUUGUAUCAUUUGGGUCGACCUAAAUAGGUCAAGUUCGGUACAUGAAAAGUUCGACGUUUCCCUGAAUUGGGCCUGAUUACUGCAAUUUUUCUGAAUAUAUACGCUGACAAGCAAGCUGAAUUAAGCGCGUUCUAAACCGUUUACUUCAGUUAAUUAAAGUGCUGAAUUGUUCUCGACUGGGCUUUGAAAUUGAAAACAGUAGUGUGGUUUCUUUGGUAUGGCGCGUUUUCUUGUUUAACGUGUUAAGCACCCAGAACCGAGCGGACUAGCGGGGGGCGUUGUCCACCUCGGCCUAUAACGCCCUCCCCCUCGACCGGCAUAAUUCUUCAUAUCCUACUCAGCCUCAUUCAAUAAUUGCUUUAUUAUUCAUUAAGAAUUAUUCCAAGUUUAAAAACAAGCUAAAACAUGCUUACCUCCGUCGAUGUUAAGUUUAUUUCGAUAGUGCAUCGUUAUCGGGAAGUUUAGGAGAUAAAAGGCUGUUCAGAUCUGCAAAUAUACCGAUGUCAUCCGUCGAGUUGUCUUUUUGCUGUUCUUGCUAUGUUUUUAUGCUUUUAGUUCGCCGUGAAACGAGUAAAAUGUUCCGCCACUACUCACUUGGAAAACAACUAAAACUCGUCCCCAGGUCGUUUCGGUUAACGGUUCAAUAAUCUGCGACAGAGCUGAACAACGUCUGCGCAUGUGCAUAGACGGGAGAGGUCUGGGAUCUAACCUAGUAUCGUUUUCAAAGGGUUUUUCAAAACAUCCUCACUUUUUGGCGAUUAUUAAGGUGGAUUCUGAAUAUUUAAGGUUCUCAUUUAAACUAAAGGUAGAUUAUUUCAUACUUUAUUGAAUUCUCGUUUCUACCCUUGUAAUUUUUCUUCUACUUUUUUCUAUGAACAAAAGAAGACGCACGAACGAAGCGUCCCUUCAAUAAUAUUAUCGUUUGCAAAGGGUUUUUCAAAACAUCCUCACUUUUUGGCGAUUAUUAAGGUGGUUUCUGAAUAUUCAAGGCCCACAUUUAAACUAAAGGUAGAUUAUUUCAUACUUUAUUUAAUUCUCGUUUCUACCCUUGUAAUUUUUCUUCUACUUUUUUCUAUGAACAAAAGAAGACGCACGAACGAAGCGUCCCUUCAAUAAUAGUAUCGUUUGCAAAGGGAUUUUCAAAACAUCCUCACAUUUUCCCGAUUUUUAAGGUGGUUUCUGAAUAUUCAAGGCUCCCAUUUAAAGUAAAGGUAGAUUAUUUCAUACUUUAUUGAAUUCUCAUUUCUACCCUUGUAAUUUUUCUUCUACUUUUUUCUAUGAACAAAAGAAGAUGCACGGACGAAGCCGAAAACAGUUCUUUCAUUCGAAUGUGUACAUUUUCAAGCGUAAACACAUGAAAGUACAGACUAUCAAUAUGUUAUCAGUUCUAAGAAAUCGUUCGGACAUCAUAUCAGUGUCAGUAUUAAAGGUACAUUUUAUUUAUCUUUGUUUUUCCUUGAAUGAUGGUCUUUUAGUUAUUUCUCUUGUUAUAUCUCGCUUGGUUUCACUAUAAGAACUGUAAGAACACAAAACAAUCACUGAGGUUUCGAAUUCAAUCAAGUUCUUUCUUCCAAACUUGUUUCCCUUUAUGACUCAUUGUUAGCUCAGCUCAAAAGAGCUAUUAUAAAUUUUUGUAUACGACAACAGGCAAAAUUAAUGUUGAAAAGAGUAAAUGGGUAAGUAAUACAGUCGAUGCUUGCUGGUAAAAGUAUUAAUGACUUGAAGUUCUCUAAAAGGCUUCAUUACAGGGAGAAGAACUUUCAUUUAUUUUUCUCUUCAAAGUCUAGAUCUUCAUUCCUUGAUUCUUCUGCUUCAUUCAAUCCUGUCAUAAAUGGAAAACCUAUAGUUAAUACGAAAACUCACAUAGAGCUGAGCCAACUUGUGAUUGUUUCUCAAAACUUCAACAGCUUUAAACUUUAAAAGUUUAUUCAUUCUAAGCUUAAAGGUGCAAAUUAAAUUUUAAACAAACUUAACUGAAUAAAUACUGAUUCUACAGCUCGACCAGCGCCUCUAAGCCGGCUAGAGGUAGGAAAAAGCUUCUUUCAUUGCACUAAGAUUUGUAACUAAGUUUAUGACUUUCAUGACUUCUUGUGUCUGAUGGUAUCAUCGCGCUCAAAGCCGGUUUUCUUGCCACCAAGAAACGGUCAACAACUGCUAUCGCUCGGCCUACAUUUCAAAGAUUUGCACCUCCUUAACCAGAAUAAAGUAAUGUUUAAGUAAAUCGUUUACGUACCAUCGAAGAAAAGUCGCCCAAACUCCAGCACAUUGCUCUUUUUUAAUUUCUCAGUCAUCUUUCUGCAAACUUACUGACGAUCUGCAUCAAAACAAUGAAAAACCUUCGCCGGGACGGUAAAAAACAUUUUCCUUGAUCCCUGGAUUACGUAACAUUUCUUUCCAUGGGUUGCAUUUCUAACGUAUUCGUAGAAUUUCUCCUUCGUUGGCAUUCGCAAAUAUGAGUUUGGAUGGUCGAAGAUAAAAUGGUCUUGCAAGAAUUUCACUUUGCCCGAAUGCUUCGCGCACGGGCUAGACAAGUAAACAAGUGAUGUCACGGACAUGCGUAGUACGUUAUUCAGCCCUGUCAUAAUCUGCAAGUUUGUUGCACUUUUGACGUCAUCGGUUCGAUAUGGCAAAAUUCUUCCAAAUUUGAUCAACAGUAGCUGGUUAUGAUAAAUUAUGCGUGUGAUUUUAGCCAAUCAGAAACGGAGAAAUAUUUUGAAUGAAUAAUAGAACAACUUAAUAAUAAUGUAGAUGUGUGCAUUGGUAGAAGUAGCAUGUGUUUAAUAAAAUGUGUAAGAUGGUAAAAAUUUUGAAACACCCUGUGUUGUUCUCACUUGUCAUCAAAUAUUUCUUCUUGACGGGGGCGGGGGGUCGGGUAGAGGGACUAAAAUAUCCGUCCUGUAUCGGGCAACACCCCCUUAUUUUUAAUUUCAACUCCUCUUUAAGGCAAUAAACAAAAUAAAAAAAAGAAUUAAUAUCCUCCGCUGUUUUUAGGACCCUUUUAAGAACAAACUGACACCAAAUGUUAUACCAUUUUCAGGACACGGUGGCCAAAAAAUCAUACUCAGUACAGCGUCUCCCCGGGGAACACGAACAAAUUAGCUGAUGUCCUUCCCUCCCUAGCUUCAGUUCUAUGUACAAAUUGAAACUCGAUAACUUUCGCUUCUUAAUAGUUCUUAUACUUUUGGUACUUCGUUUUAAUCCUCUCAGCGCCUGGUAUUCUGAUCUGAAAAGAACCCUUAACACCAGGCAUGUGUAACAAAAUGCAGGUAGACUUCUAUAAACAAAUUCAAUGAAUUAAAUGGAUUUGUUCUGCAAGUUCGAAUUGCUAAAUAUAAGACUUUUUUUCAGAUGAUUUUAAUUUUCUGGCGGUCUUUUGUGAAAAACAUCGUUGUGAAUGUUUUGACGGCCGUCCUCUUAGCAAAAUAGCUCCGCCCAUUUGUGAAAGUCCGUGUUUGUUUCAAGAUUUGCAGUGUAAAGCAGAUGGCACUUCUUUUGUCCGUUAUCAUGGCAUCUAAUUUUGGCAUUUCUCCUUUAUUUCCUGUGCUUUGGGUACGUUGAAAAUCCUAUUUGUCAAUCUUAUGAAUUGUCAAAUCUCUAGACCUCAAUACAUGUUUCCUUAGGUUCCGUCCACACAUUUCCCGAUAUUUUUGAAAACAGAGAUUAAACGGUGUUUUCGGACAUCAAAAACGCAGGUUUUCGAAAGUGGUCCCCAGGGUGGAGUUUUUUGAAAACUCCAGCUUACCGUUUUCAUGUAUCAACAAAUGGACCUUAGUACAGCUAAACCGUGCAAUCUUAAAUCUUGUAGUGUUUUUUCUGUUCUUGAUUUAUUCAUAUUCAUUCAGAAGGACAAAUUAACGAGCCAUUGCUCGUCAAGUCCUGCGGAGCCGACCCACGAAAUUUCCGAACUGUGUUGUAUAUAACGUAGUCUGAUCCUGGCGACGUCAUCUUCCCUUUUCUUUUUGAUCAUAAAUCGAAACGAAACUUUUGAAUGUAACGUUCAAAGCACUUGUCCCAUCUUUCUCUCAUACACUGCCUAAUUUUAUCUGCGGAAGAGGGAUAAUUAAUUAAUUUUUUUUUAAAAUUAAGUGAUGGAAGUUGGGGUACACGGAAAGCUGUGAAAAUUAUUAAGCGUAAAGACCACGAGAAAUCUCUCGUUUUUCCUCAAGGGUAGCACUUAGCGAACAAAUCACGCGAAGCCGCGUGAACUCCACGGAAACCAGUCAGUCGUAUAAUUCUGGUUUCUGUAUGUCGAAUGAAGUUAAAUUGUCAAACAUUCUUCCAUAUCCCUUCAAAAAUUUGUUCAACAUAUUGCAUAUAACACGCACUGGAAGUUAGGGAAAGGAACGCCUCGUCCACAGAGGCAGAUGCAGCAGAUGAUUCUAAUUGGCUGGGUUUUUUUUGCUAAAAAUGUCAAAAAUGUUCAAUUUUCACCACUCUUUACUUAGUAAAAUAGUCCACAAAAAAUUUUUUAAGACGUUGUUCGUUUGAAGAUCUCAGACGGACUGAUAAGUAGAUACUCGUUUUGUUUUUCUGUUAUCAUGGUAGCUGAUUUUAACAUUCCUUGCUAAUUUCCUGUUCUUUGGGAUGUUUGGUGUUUUACGAAAACGUGUGUUUAUAGUUGUGGAACUAUAAACACGCUUUGGAAGCUACGUCAAACGUAAGGAAGAAGAACGCAUCUUCCACACGUGCGCACUGAUGCCCGUUACAAUCUUUUGUUUUUGUUCAGUUUUCUUUAGAAGCCAACGUAAUGAUACGCAUUGACGCAUAUCUACCAAGAGACAAAAAAAAGAAAAAAGUGUUGACGACGUAAAAUAAAACUUCAUUAUAUAGGAUGGAUCGGUUUUUCGUAAACGCGAAAACAGCAUGUAAUGCCUGGUUUCGAAAACGAUUCAGUGUAGAAGAAGGAACAGUUGUGAUAGUUUUUAAUCCUGCUAUUUUCAAUCAUUUUCUUUUUUUAAACCAGGUGAAUCUCUGAAACUUCAUACGACAUCAACAAAUCACAGUUAGUAUUUAACUAUGUUUUUUGUUUCUUAUGAGGGAUUUUCCGAUUGCUCAAAUGAAUUUUCAACUGUCCAACUUUCUCUUGAAACAAGUAAUUGUUCUGCUCCCUGUUUCUUUCUUUUUUUCUCGCAAGAUAGUUUAUAAAACUGGUUGACAUGGCUUUAAACAUCGUUUUCGGGCGAAAACGAUUGGAAUACGCUACGUGUGGACGAGUAUUUUUUUCGAAAACGGAGAAAAGAAUCUCCAUUUUCAAAAAUAAAAGAAUACGUGUGGAAGGGACCUUAGUGUUGUUUGGAAAUGGUCAUGGUGGCUAUCGGAAAUUAUCGAACAUUGCUCAUUACGCAAAAUGCAGUCAGUGAUAAAGAAAAACAAACGUGGAAGAACAAAGGAAAUAUCAGAAACAUACCUUAUUUCGCGUAUAGCAUUCAUCUUAAUGUAUAGCAAAAGCGUGUUAUCUUGACAGUGUAGUGUUUUUUUUUCUCUUGUCUUCAUUAUUUAUUUGAAUCGUAAAGUGAACGAUGAUUUGUUUCUUCUUUUUCGGGGGAAUAAAUUAAUGAGCCAGCGAGGUGUGGAGAUAAGAGCUUUGACUGACCCUCGAAAUUUCCGAAUUGUUUCGUAUGGAAAAUAAUCCGAUCCUUAGGACGUCUUCUCUUUCCUUUUCUUUCUGAUCAUAAAUCGAAACGAAACUGUUGAAUUUAACUUUAAAAGAGCUUUUCCCCUCUUGCUCUUAUAAGCCGCCUAAUUUUAUCUGUGGAGCGCUGAAGCGAUAAUUAACACCUUCGAGAUCAAGAGUAGGAUGUGCCUGGAUAAGGUCUUUAAUUGUUGUUGUUGCUUUUCUGUUUUUUUUUUUUUAAUUAACUGAAUAAAGUGACAACGCAAGGAAACCUUUCAAAAUAUUUUAGAGUAUAGACUUCGAUUAGUCCCUUGUUUUUCCUUGUACUGUUCCUUCAAGGAUAGUAGAGCGAGCAAAUCACGCUAGCCCCCUUGAAAAUCGCCCCACGCGAGAAAGGCCAGACGCCGCGCCCAUUAAGUUUACAAAAACCUGUCAGUCGUAUUAUUGUGGUUUCUGGAUGUCGAUCGAAGUGAAAUUGUCAAAUAUUCUUCCAUAAUCUCUCCAAAAUGUGUUCAUCAUAUUACAUAACACUGGUUGAAAGUUAGGGAAAACAACGCCUCGCCCAUAAUUGCUCCUUUGAACUUUUCUUUUCUUGUUUUCUUUUUUUGCAAACCCACUUCCUGAUACAGUUUGACACGAUUCCACAAAAAAAGGAUUGAAAAGUGUUAACGACGUAAAGAGGGUAUGUCUUUCAGGGUGGAACAUUUCGAUAGCACGAAUUAAGACGACUCAUGAGGCCGCCUGAAUGAAUGAAUAAUGAAAGGUUUCGAAAACGAAGCGAUAUGAAAAAAGUGAUAGUUUUGGUCGUUUUGAUUAUUUUCGUAAUUUUUUUUUGUAUGGUUGUAAGUCAUGCAAAUCUUUGCGAAACCGCUCACGAAAUUAGUAAAGCACAACUGAGACCGCUACCUUUUUCAUAGUUGUGAGAAAAAGCUUCCUGUUCCCUUUUUUUUACAAGCUCUUCUUUUUUCGUCGAAAACUUACUGUUUAAUGCUGCUUUUUAAUGUUAUUGGAAAGCAAUUUGUUUGGGUGCUUUAAACAUUGCGUUUCAAAAAGCAAACCAUUUUUUUUCCACUGGCUGCUCUCUUUUUAAGAUAGCUUUGUGUCUUUUAUUUGUUGUAAGUUCCCGCAAUAUGUUCUACAUCAGAGAAAUCUACGUAGGUUACUAAUGGAUCCUCAUUAAGGUGCUUGUUUAACGUGUCCGUUACAAGUCACAUGCGUCAUUUCCUCUAGUUGACUUUUCGUCAAUCUUCGUCAAUCUUCAAACUAACAUUUGAGAACGCACUCGUCUUUGCGUUGUUCAAGAACCCAUUGCAGGGAGCUCCGCUCAAAACAUGUCGACCAUGGACACCGAAUCAGUCAGGAGACAAUCGUGGUAAAACUAAUUUGAGCAGUGAGUACUUCAAGCCGUCCGCGCCGUAAUCAAAUCAGCAUAAAAAUGAAGUUAAACGAAACAGAUUCACACAAUAUCGAUCCAAGCGAGUCGCCUUCAGUGUACAUUUGCCCAACCAAACCAAUCUAUACAUGGAUUCUUACUGAAACGGCCGCCUUCUAUGUUUCAAUCACCGCAAAAUCCAUCGCUAGCCCUUUCACUGUGUUGUUAAACCUUAUAAUUAUCGUUGCGGUAUGGAGGCGAAGAGCGUUGCAAAAAAACUCAAACAUUUUGUUAGCUAGCAUGGCCGUUGCGGAUCUUCUAGUGGGUGCAGUUUCCAUGCCUCUAACUACUGCUUUGGAUAUAUUUCUCCUCCGUAAGAAUUUGAGCCUUACGAUUUGUAAGAUUGCAGGUGCAAAUCAAAUAGUACUUUACAGCGCUGUUAGUUCGUCCUUGUAUCAUUUGACUUUCAUUGCCUGGGAUCGCUACGUAGCGAUGAAGAGGUGGAGGAGCUACAAAAUCGUUGUCACAAAAACCCGCCUCAAAAUUUGUGCAGUGAUUGCCUGGCUGUUUGCUGUCACAACAGCUUGUUGUAUACCUAUUUUGUGGGUUGCUGAGGCCGAUCAGAGAGUCAUGGCUGCCUUGAGUAUCUUCUCCGCUGGUAAAACGGUGCUAAGCGUCGCCAUUAUCGGUUAUUUCUACAUCUCGCUUUACUUCUCAGUUCGCAAACGAAAUGAUAACAAAAUCAGCAACGUUUCUGCUCGAGUCAACGCCAGGAUGGAUAGGACCAUCGCCAAAACCAUCGCCAAAGCGACUAGUACAGUUACAGCGGCUUUGCUAGUCUCCUAUGUCCCGUCAAUCAUCGCUCUUUUCUUUGGAGAUGCUGUUCCGUUUCUUCGUACAAGCUCAUAUUUUCGUUGGUCGCAGUUAUUGAUCCAGAUGAAUUCUCUUUUCAACCCAAUAGUUUACUGCUUUUCCAUGAAUCGCACCUUCAGAAACGAGGUUUUUGAGAUGAUUAACCUGAACGUUGUCCUAGAGCUUGUAUCACGUCCCAAGUUACCUGUAAAACGGCAUACCAGGAGAAGACGUGAACCGGCUGUGGUCUUAGAGGAAGAAAACGAGUUUCAAGGAGAAAACAAACGGCCUGGCCGCCUUGCCAGAUCGAGAUCAUGUGAUUCGAUUGAGCUUUCUGACUCUCGUCGUCAGCUUCCUGCUGCUGUCGACAGCCCCCCACCUCCAACGACUGAAGGAGUCCGGCUCAUUUGCGUCGAAGUGCAUCAGCCCAACCCCAAGAGAAGAAAGCCACGAUUGCUCCGGUGUCCAGGUACCUCCAAUGAAGUAAAUCCAAGUCAAAGUAAAGAAAGAAGUGACGAGAAUCACUCUAACUGCACCCCACAGCAAAAGAAAGAAAAACCCAUCUCAUCGUGUGGGGAGGACCAUGACAUCUGUAGUGAUGGAAACAGACUAAAAGCCGCGGCGAGUGUAACUACAAAAAGGGAAGAAAGUCACUUUGAUGAUGAUAAUGAUCAGAACCCUCCUACCAAUGAGCCAAUAACGCUGCAAAGCCUUGUUCUACCUCGUGAAGAAAACAGGCUCAUAUCCGUCCAUGAAGAUCAAGCUAUACUCAAUAGGCAAAAGCGACAAAUCCGGUACACUGGGGCGUCUAUAGAGGAGAACCUUGGCGAAACUGAAGACAGAUAUGAUUGUCUUAAAGAUUUCCCUGAUACUGAUGUGACAAGGGCGGGGUCCUGGCCUCGCCAGGUUCGUCUUGGGCUUACACCUGUUUUAGGACGGCGAAAUAUUAAAAUGGAAAAGAAGAGUGGUCGUCCAAAUACAAGAUAACUUAAAAACUAAAACUAAUACGUUAAGAGAGAUGAAGUGACAGUGUCAUGGGAAAAUUAUCCUGUGAGUUUUUCGAUUUCUUUUCUUUUUUUUUUUUUAAUACAAUACUUUUUACCGAACUAAAGUAAUGUUCCUUCUAGGUAAAAUCAAACUGAGUAAACUUUUAAAGAAUACAUUACAAUUAUGUAACAACUGUUUCUCCUAAGAAAGGAAUUUACACCCGUUAGGAAAGGAUGAAUUUUUUUGCCGCUAAGAGCGUAGUCACAGUUUUAUCUCAGAAAAAUCAAGACUGAUUGAAAACUUAGAAACCUCGCUCCAAGUUGCUUAAGAUGAUAUUUUUUCCAUCAGGGACAUAUAAUAGAUUUAUUCGUUAUUUUGGAUACAAUGUUGCAACUAUUUCUUAUUUGCCAUUGGUGGAAAAUUCAUAGCCACAUUGUUACUAAUUCUUGAUGGACAGAUCUCAAACAACUGCUGCUCCUUCACGAAUAUCUAAUUGCAGUAACGGUUCAUCAGUAGGAUCCCUAAACUGCCUGCAACUCCACAAUUGGCUUAGGUUCCAUUAGAAAAGGCGACACGGUCUCUUAAAAAGUGGCAGUAAUUUAGUACUUCACGCUGUGGCAUAAUUUAGUGUUAUUGCUUCAAUUUGUCCCUGUUCUAAUAAGGUUUCUUUGAAAGUCUGGUAGGAACAUUGCCUUGGGGGUGCUCCCCAUAAAAAUUCUGAGAGGUCCCCCCGCUAGGGUGCCAAAAUCUAAAUUACCGCAGUUUAAAAAUACGUAAAAAGAAAAAAAAAGUUAGAGUCGUCGUGGUACACACGGUAUAGAGGCAAACUAUCAUGCCAUUGGAUAUUCUUUUUCGCUGUUGGAAAAUGUAAGUGCCUUGAUGUUUGGAAUUAGUAUUUCUUAGGGGUGAAACGAGAAACUGCCAAAUUUGGACGCAAACAGAAAAAGUCUAAAAACGGCAUAAUGAAUUGUAAAUUGAAAUGACAGCAGUUGCGUGUGCCUUUCUUGAAAGGACAGAAAAUGUCUGUAUAAAUUGUUUUAAAAAACAUAUAUAGCGAUCAAAGGCAACCUAUUCCAGAGUUUGCCUGCCGUAACACUGAAAAACGGCCGCCCUCUCUUCCUCACGCCACUUGUAAACGUAAAAGUUGAGCGAGGUUCAACUUUUACGUACACCAGUGACCUUCCAUACAAUGUCUCUAUUUACGCGCGGAAGAUUUACGUGUGUACGCACGGAAAAAUUACGCGACAGUGGAAAUUCACCUAACAGGUCCACUUUAGAAUGUCGUGGCGUGGCAUCUAGAAUUACUCUUGUGCGUCGUUUCUGGAGCCUGAAAAUCAUACUAACGUGAUCCUUAUUGCACUCUGUCCAAGAGAUACAACAAGACAGCAUUAGUUGCCUAUUCAAUAAGUUGUAGAAUAACAGACGCUCUCUUUUAGGAAGAUCGACGACUUAAUUCUAUUCAAUAUGCGAGUACGCUUAGAUAUUUUCUUCGACAGGGAAUCUACGUGGUUAUCAAAACUAAGCUGCUGAUCAAGUUCAAAUCCCACUGAUAGCUUAACGCUAUCAACUUGCUCUAGUCGAGUCCCAUUUAACUCAGUAUUGAGCUGCUUCUUCCUUGUGGUAAGCUGCCUUGUUUUGAUCGAUCAAUCAAUCAAUACCUUUAUUAGAGUGUCUGACUAACAUAGCCGUAGAGAAACCACUAAAUGAGGACACGCUAUAAAUUAAUAUAAGCAACUAUUGUAGCAUUAAAGUCAAAUUAAUAAAACUAUUUACAAGUGUGUCAUUAUUGACCAGAGACCGAAGUGUAAAAUUUAUAAGAUUAUCACAUGUGCACAAUUACUGAAUCAAAAAAAGUUUAAAAAAAACUAUUCUCAAGUGCGUAUGAGCUUAGUAAAAAUAGUACAUAGAGUGCAAUUUUAGCACUGAGGGUCAGCAAGCAAGGAAUUUAGGUCAAGCUGUAGAAUAUGCUGCUUGAACACAGAUAGUGUAGGAAGGUCGCUGAUCUUUUUAGGCAGUAAGAUUCCAUAACCGAUAAGUGUUGUCUUGGUCUUUGAAGAAUUUAACGGCAAUUCCUUGGCUGUGGCCCAGUAAUCAACAUCUAAGACCUCUCGAGAUAACAUAUCUUCCAGCUCCUCGAUACAUUUAUAGUCUACUGAGGCUAUUAAAGUUGUAUCGUCAGCGAAUAUAUCUACUGUGUAUAGAGGCAGGUCAUCAAAAAAGAUCACAUAGAGGCCCUAAGUUAGACCCUUGGGGUACCACUGAUGUGAAGGCUAUUAUUGUGAAUAGAAUAGUUGGACUAUGGAAACGUCUCCCUCGUGAUAUCAGAGAAGUGUCCUCUGUAGCAGAUCGCGAUAAAAUUGUUAUGUUUGUCCCCGGAAAGGAAUUCACUGAGGCAUGAUUCACUACCUCCCCUUUUCAGAAAAAGCAUAAAUUAAUUCCAAAAAAUAUGACAAAUGUUUACACCUUUAUUUUGUUGUUUCAUUUUAUCACUUGUCGAAUGAUCAUUUUUACACCACCCAUUUAGUUUGUCUUUCUGUAACUCUCGAUUUACCGUUUCCAAGGACCAACGCAAAUCCAAAUUCGGCUUCGUUUUGAGCUACCUCUAAUCACGAAUGGAUUUAAGAAAAUUAAACGGAAACUUGGAAUAGCGAUAAUAUAUUCUGUUAUGAUAUUGCAGCGGAUGAUUCUAAUUGGAUGGUUUUCUUGUGCAAAAAUGCUUAAAAUGUUCAACUUUUUUACUGCUCCUUUCUUAGCAAUUGUUGCUCUUAUUGAAAAGCAAAUAUCUGUUUUGUUUUUCUGUUAUCAGUGUAACUGAUUUUAAUAUUUUAGGUAUGUUUGCUGUCUCAUCACUCAAUCCCAUAAAUUCUUAAAUCCCUAAAUUUGGUUACUAUGUGAACUCAAUUUUGCAGUGUUGAAAACGAACGGAAUGACUGUGAAGAUAGUUCAUUAGACAAAAUUCAGUUAGUCGGGGUUGCCAAAAAACGGGUGAGAACAAUUGAUAAUACUAGGGAAAUUGUAACAAGCAGACCGUGUAAUUUUGACAGCUGUAGUAGUUUUCUCUGUUCAGUUUCUUCAAAUCGUAAAAUAAUGAUUCUUUUGGCCUUUCACGAAGAUCAACUGAUGAGUCAGUGAGCCUAAAAUUUUUGUAUUGUUUCAUUUAAACAUAACAUCCCAAAGACUUUUUUUCCCACUCCUUUCUCGUAACGAAUCUCAAACAAUUUUGAAUUUAACGAAGUCUGAGAAGAGGUAUAAACAACUGAGACCAGGGUGUGAAUGAGAUCUUAAUAUUUUCUCUGAUAAAAGGCAUACGAAAGCCUACUAAACUAAUAAUAAUUCUCGUUUGGGGAUACCGAAUUUAAGCUAUAGUUGUCAAACAUUCUUCAUCAUUUCCUCCAAACUGUGUUAAAGGAAGUAAACACGCUUUAGAAGCUAUGGGAAAACAACGCCUCUUUCACACGUGCCCCACGCACGAGUCCGUUAGUGUUUACGACGUCAACAAAUGAACAAAUGUUUACCUUACAGGACGGGACUUUUCGUUAACUUGAAAACGACUUGUAAUAUAGAAGGUUUCGAAAACCAUUCGAUGUAGAAGAAACAGUUUUGGUAUUUUUUUAAUCGUGUUAUUUUUAAUCAAUUUCUUGGCUUUUAAUUAGGUGAAUCUAUUGGAACUGCAUACGAAAUUAACAAAGCACAGUCAGGAUUAACUUUGCGUUUGUUUCUUAAGAGGAAUUUUCUGAUUGCCUAUGUGAAUUUUCAUCUGCCAGCCUGUUGCAUGAAUAUUGAUGAAGUAACUGCUCAGUUACAAGCUCCUUUAGUUUUACGUAGAAGAAAACGCUGUAUGAUUGACAUGGUUGGUUUGGUUGCCCAAAAACACUUUCCUGGGAACGCGAAAUUGGCCCUCUUUCCCCGUGCGUUUCUAAAAAAUGUUUACCGAUAGCUGAAUACUUGAGUUCGGCAAUUGCAUGAAACUGCAAACGAAAUUAGUAAAGUACGAUAAUGAUUGCCUAUGUUUUUUAUCCUUGUGAGAAAUUUUCUGAUUGCUAAACUAAAAUUUCAACUGUCCAACAUUCUCUUCAAACAAUAAAUUGCUCAGUUUCCUGUUUCUUUUUCUUUUUCUAACUAGAUCUUCUAUUUUUACUGGUUGACAUGGCUUUAAACAUUUUUUCUGAACAAGCAAGGUAUUUUUCUCACUACUUGUCUGAGCCUUUCAUGACAGUUUGUUUGCUUCUGUUUUUACGUUGGAAAUUCCCAUUACAUGUAGAAGACACUUGUAUGUUUCCUCUUCUCCUACCAAAAAAAAAUACUCGUAAACAGCUGCCAUUUCAAAAUACGCUUCUCGUGGCUGUUAAAAGAACCCAUUCCUGGCAGCUCCAGUCAGAAAACGUCCACCAGGAACAUAUCGCAGAGGAGACAACCAUGGUAAAAAACAUUUAACAUUGAGAACUUAAUUCAACUCCCUUAAGUAAUGGUUCUUCCUAUCGGCCGUACCUCAGUCAAAUCAGCGUUAACAUGAAUUUAAGCGAAACAGACUCAGAGGCGAUCGAUCCAAGUGAGUCGCCUUCGGUGUACUUUUGCCCGCCCAAACCAAUCUAUACAUGGAUUCUAACUGAAACGGCCGCCUUUUAUGUUUCAAUCACCGCAAAAUCCAUCGCUAGCCCUCUGACUGUAUUGUUAAACGUUUUAAUUAUCGUUGCGAUGAAAAAGCGAAGGGCGUUGCAAAAGAACUCAAGCAUUUUGUUAACUAGUAUGGCCGUUGCGGAUCUUCUAGUUGGCGCGGUUUCUAUGCCUCUAACUACUGCUUUGGAUAUUCUGCUACUCCAUAAGAAGUUGAGCCUUACGAUCUGUAAAAUUGCAGGUGCAAAUCAAAUAGUUCUUUACAGCGCUGUUACAUCGUCCUUGUAUCAUUUGACUUUCAUUGCCUGGGAUCGCUACGUAGCGAUAAAGAAGUGGAGGAGCUACAAAACCAUUGUCACAAAAACCCGCCUCAAAAUUUGCGCAGUGGUGGCGUUGCUGCUUACUGCCAUAACAGCUAUUCUUGUACCCAUCUUGUGGGUUGCUGAGGUCGAUCAGAAAGUCAUAGCUGCCUUGAGUAUCUUCUCUGCUACCAAAACGGUGUUGUGUGUUGGAGUUAUCGGGUUUUUCUACAUCUCGAUUUACCUUUCCAUACUCAAACGAAAAGAAAACGAAAUCAACCCAGUUUCUAGCCGAGGAAACACCAGGCUAGAGAACGCCGUCGCCAAAGCGACUGGUACAGUCACAGUGGCUUUGCUAGUCUCCUAUGUCCCGUCGAUAAUCAUCCUUUUCUUGGGAGAUGCUUUUCCUUUUCUUCGCACAAGUUCAUAUUUUCGUUGGUCGGAGUUGUUGAUCCAGAUGAAUUCCCUUUUCAACCCAAUAGUUUACUGCUUCACGAUGAAUCGCGCCCUUAGAAACGAGGUUCUUGAGAUGAUUAACAUCAACUCUGUACUACAGCCUCCAUCACGCCUUAAUCCACCUCCUAAACGCCAUAUUAGACAGAGAGAUGCACCGGCUGUGAUCUUGGAAGAAAAGAACGAGUUUCAAGACGAAAAACAACAGCCUGACCGCCAUUCCAGACCUAGGUCAUGUGAUUCGAUUGAGUUCCCUUAUUCUGAUCAGAUCCCUGGCGCUGUCAACAGUUCCCCAUCUUCAAAGGCUGAAGAACUCCGAGUCAUUGUCGUCGAUGAGCAUCGACCCAAUCCUGACCAAAGAAAACAACGAUUGCUUCAUUUUGCUGUCGCCUCCAAAAAAGAGAAUCCAGGUCAAGCUGAAGAAAAAAAUGAGAAGGAGACAUUUACCUGUACCCCACAGCAAAUUACAGAAAGACUGUUCAAACCAUCGCAUGAAGAGGAGCAGGGCAUAGUUACUGAGAGAAACUCAUCAAAAGCAAUGGCGAGUGGGACUGCAAAAGAGAAACAAGGUCAAUUUGACGAAAACGAUGACCAGAACUUUCCUAACAAUGAGCCAGCAAAGCUGAAAAGCCGCAUUCUAACUUGUGGAGAAAUCCGUCCCAUCUUCAUCCAUGAAGAUCAAGCUGAACUUAGGGAGCAAAAGCCAAAUAUACGGUACAGUGUUUCAUCCACAGAGGAGAACCAAGGCGGCAAAACUGAAGACAGAGAUAAUUGUUGUGAAAGAUUCCUUCCUCGUUGAGUCCGCCUUGGCUUACACGUGUUUUAGAACUGCGAGAUAUCUAAAUGGAAUAUCAUGGACGGGGAGAGUUUUCUUCCAAAUACACGCGAUAGUGUAAGAACUUUAGCUAAUUCAGCUAACACACAUACCACAGUCAUUAUUUCAUAAAUCAUGAUAGAUAAACUUUCAUAAGGCGUUAAUACAGAGAGCGAUAAGAGACCCUAUAAGCGGCGGACAAUGAAAUAUGUGUUUCACGUUUACUCUUGGUUUAAAUAUCAUUUUCCUUUGUUUUUCUGUGUGGGAAUGGUGGUGUAUGAUAGUGAUUUUGAAAAUGGAAAAUGAACCUUAACCACGGAUAGAAUCAAACCGUCAGUCAUAUCAUACAAGAAAAUAGAAAUUCGCAAACCUCUUAUCAUCUUUUCCUCGACCUUUUGCAUGUCGACCUUUCAGGUACAGAAAAUUUAGGGAAAGUACGGUGCAGAUACACAACGAAACAAAUUGUUGUCCUUGUCAGUACCCUAAUUAGUGACAUACCGUGUGGCACGAAAUUUUUGCGGGAACUAAUUUUUGCGAUAAGGACAUGUUGUUUUCUUGCUGGGAAGUAAUUUUUGCGAUUUUCAGACAUUCCCGGACAAUUCAUUGAUAAUUUUCGUUUUUAUUGAGUACGUGCAAUGUAAAUACAUAUUUUCAAACAAUACUAGGGUGUGCGUACCCUAUGUAAAACCAGUAAAACAGAAUACUUUUCUUUGCCAUUCGAUUACAACAACAUCUGCGGUGACUGAAAAGAACGAAGGAGAAAAGUUGUAAUUGAACAGACACGAUUUCUUAGUACUGUAUUUUUGUGUAGCAAAUUUAAGAAAGAGAAUAUUUACUCUGGACUAAAAAAAAUGUUUGCGGUAAUUAUAUUUUGCGGAAGCUUAUUUUUGAGGACCGCUGAAAAAAUCGCAAAAAAUAAAACGAGUGCUUGACCAUACAAAUUGACAAAAUGGAGCAGAUAAGAAAAAUGUUGUAAAACGCUGAGUAACGCAUGUAUCAAAAGAGGCAAGAUAUUGCAUACCAUUUUAAAGUGUGGCUCGACGGUGAGCAACUGUGAGCAUUAGAACACCGCUUUUUGUGUGUGUGUGUGUUUUUUUUUUUUCAGUUCGCAGAGGCCGAGGUUCGAUUACUUGUUGGAACCAUGUUUUCACAUAGAAUGUUGUAUUCUGCUUUUAUAUGUUUGCGCUCCGGCUGUAAAUUGUUACUGGCGAUACUAUGGGCAGUAGCUGUGUCCCUGUCACGGUCAAAUCGAGGAGGCAGCGGGGCUUAAUGGUUAUAAGGAACCGAAUUCGAACCCAUAAUCUGAGGUUGGUACUCGAGUGCCGAUCUGAUUACUGCAUGGUGGAGUUGUUUCUUCAACUCCGGCCAAGAAGACCACGUUUGUAAAUAGCCAACUGGCUCGCCUUUUGCCAGUUUGGAGUAUUGUUAAUUUAAGUGUUGAAAUGUAUUAGAAUGCCAAUGUCGAUUUGCCAAGUUUAACUGUUCUCGAUUGGGCCUUGAAUUUGAAGAGAGUAGUUCUUGUAGUACAUUAGAGUACAUUUGGCGCGUUUUCAUGUUAUUAUACCUGAACGUUAAGGUGAAGGUCAUUGAUGUAUGCCUCCUGUAGAGAUGUGGCAGUGGUAGAAAUAGUAUGUGUUUAAUAAAAUUACUUAAAGGUGCAAAACAUUGCGUAGCUGUUGUCUUCGAAGGCAAUCGUACAUAGCUAGGUCGUCUUCUGAGGAGUUGGAGAUUAAGCGUUUAAGUUUCAGCGAGAUUUUGCGCUUUAAAAUCCACUUUUUGAGAAAUUUGCAGUUUUUAGUUCGUAGAGUUCUUCGUGGUUUUCGACUUUUCCUUUUGUCGACAAUCGGUUUUUGCAGUUGAUUUCAGUAGCCCUUUCUGAUCGUUGAACUAAGUUUGCGGUUUUCUUUUUUCUGUGACCUUUAUCGCUGUUUUUCGGUAGCCCAAUUAAGUGCCGCCCUCAAAAUAGGCCGGGGUGCCCUGUAAUGUCCAGCUGAUCUUACCCUGUUUUUUCCUAAGUCAGAACAUUUUUUAAACCGAGGAACGGACGCUUGGUCGUCAUCAAUUGAACUAGUCUGAACUAACACUGCUAGAGUAACGAUCACUGGAACUCUCAACAAUCGCCAGAACUGGCUGUUAUUCUUCAAAAUAGUGUGCACGGCAGUGAUGGGUUUAAGUUAGAAAUUCGAGAAAAUAUACUAAUGUUUCAUUUUUAAGAUGACCAGUCUGGCCGGCCAGUUUUGACGUUUGGUAGGCGCCCUUAGUAAGACUUCAGUUCUCUAAAGACUCGGUAACAUGACUGAAACCGCUACGAUUAUAUAUAGAAUCCAACCUUUACACCUCACCACCUUAGGGACUGAUUUCCUGAAGUUGAAAUCCGUUUUCAUUUUCGUUUUAUCCCAAAUCUAAAAUCCGGAUUUCAAAACCUAAAUCCAGAUUUCCCAAUCGAACGCACUCUCAGUUGAAGCCGUCAAAAGGCACGAUUGAGCGUGAUUCCAUAGGCGUCGUGGUCGAAUGCCGCCUCCGCCUCUCUCCAGAUGUGUAAAUGGGUGACGGGAGAACUGUUUGGGGAAACUUUACUUAAGAAUGCUUACAGUAGCCUUGUGAAUGACUAGCAUCCCACUCAUGAAUGGGGCGGGCAAAAGGGAGAGUGAGCGGCCGCUGUCUUGUUCCCAGUAUCUACCCUCUUUUUUCUUGGUUAAAGAUUCCAGCUUAGCUCACGACUGUCUUUUUGUCUUUUUUGUCUUUUUUUUUCCCAUGCUGCGUUUUCCGGGUACUUAAGCAUUUUCGUUCCAGUCUACAUUCGAGAGGACAAGCUGUCACAGCGAGACUGAGGGAGCGAACGAGAAAAGAAGGAACUGGAGAGAGACGGCAGGAAGUCCCUCUUUCUCCUCCCUCCUUUCUCGUUUUCCUUGUUCGCGCGCGUAUAACAGAGAAAGCAAGCAUCGCGUUUACGGCAAGCAUUACACGACUGUGAUAACCACGUGGCUACCUCUCCCUCCCAUUUAUUACGUUUGUCGCGGUCUGUUUACGAUGUCAAGAUAAGUGCUUCUCCACAUUAUCAAAAACGAAAGAGAACGUAACGGUACUUUCAUUUUCCUUCUCGGAAACAUGGGUAUAUAAUCGUAAGACAGCUCUGCCGUUUGCCGUAAAUGCGAUGCCUAAUUGAGCAGUUUGUGGUCAUGUGACCUCUUGAGUUUGUUCAAAAACAAAUUCAAUCCAAUCAGACCUGAGGCUGGAAAACUUUUCAACACUUUUGAUUCAUCGAAGUUGGAAGUUGUAGGCGUAUUUUAUGAACAGCAUUUUCAUGAUCAUGGAUUUAUUCAGACGCUGUGGUAAAUGGCCAUCAUGAAGUUGCUGAGCAUCUGAAGACGCGUGGAGGUUCCAUUAGUGAGUUCCAGUUGGCUCAUCUUAUGAAUAGCGCUGCUAGAACCGGGGACAUAAAGACCCUCAAAAGACUGAUAAGAUGGACCGGACAGGUGAACGUGUCUGACUUUGAUGGGCAGACGCCGCUUCAUACAGCAGCCAUGUAUGGCAGGCUCAAUGUCACUAAUUUACUGCUGAAAGAGGGCGCAGGUAAAUAUAAUGUCAAGUCCCGAGGGAAACGGUUAACAAUUAUUGGACGAGGUGGAGCAAAAUAUCGUGAUUUGUCAGUGGCGAGUGGAUAAAUUAUUUGCCGAAACCGAAGGCUGAGGCAAAUUUUGCGAUAACUGAGUUCAAUAAUUGUCUUACCAUUCGAUCACGAAGUUUGUUUUCUAAUGAAUAUCUUCAUGAAGCAAAACGAUCUGCCAUUUUUACACAAGAGCGAUCGCUGAAAAGGAGCAAGAGCAAAAUAUUAUUUGCAGCCAAACACAGUCGGACGACAUUGCGCCGGAGCAGACAAUUGUUUGUAGGCAGUUAUUUGCAGGUCACAAGGUAGGCUCUCGGCCAGUAAAAAGGAAGAAAAAUUGAAUCGAAUGAUAAUUACUUUUGGUUUUCUGAGAGCCCUGCGGUUUGCCAAGACGAAGUCGAAGGAAUUGGUUUCGCGAGAGACCUGACAGUAAGUGUAUUAUUGUCAGUUUUCAUAGGCAAAUCCCGGCAAAAUUGUUGAUGGGGCUUUAGUCCACCCAGUUCUACAGCUCCGCGCUCCCUGAACACUUCAUCUGGGAUGUAGUUCAGAUCAUUAUCUUACUGUCCUGUGUUUUUCUCCCUGCAGAUACUACACUUGUUAAUCGGUAUGGCCAAAUUCCCUUACAAGUAAGAUCAAUUUAAAGUCACUCAAUGUGACAUACUCGUUACGAUAUCCACCAGGAAGUUGAGUAAUUUUAAUUCUCAGUGGACAAAAACUUGUACCAGAAUAAUUUAAAGAAUAUCCCAUUCCUUUUACAAUUUUUCAAGGCCAGAUAUAAUUAGUCACCUGAUUAGUCAUCUGAAAUAACACCAAAGAAAAUUUCUCAUAGGAGUCCGAGAAAAUGAAUGUCAAAUUUCACAAGAAUUGUGAAAAUACAGGUAAAAUUAUGAAGAUUUCAUGUGAAAGAUGUAGUUUUGUGAAAUUUGACAUUCAUUUUCUCGGUUUCCCAUAAGAAAUUUUAUUUGGUGUUAUUACAGAUGACUACUACAUCUUUAGCCCUUGAAAAAUGUAAAAAAAGAAUGCAAUAUCCGUUGAUAAGGUUUUUUGUCCACUGAAAAUUAAAAUUAUUCCAUUUCCUGGUCGAUUCCGUCUUAAAGUCUGUUUCACGUUGUUCACUGCAGCUUAGGAAAAGACGUGCUAACGUAAUAUAUCUCUUGAUAUCGUAAAAAUGCAUGCUUGUAGUUGUUUUACCUUAAUGGCAUUUAACAAGGUCAGUUAUCCGCCCUACGUUCCGCUAUCUUAUUUCAACCUGUUAGGAUAGGCGUUUUCUCGCGGAGACGAGCGGUAUCUUCAACCGCUAGAAAUAGCCGGAUAAGUGGCUAUGUUUUGUUGGAACGGAUUUGGUUAAUGGAGUAACAAUGCUUAAUUUAUAGGGGGGACGUUUAUUCCAGAUGGAGCGUUAAACAAUUCAAUGAAAUUUCAUUGACCCAUUGUCAGGUUUGAGGUGUUUAUUAGAGUGUGCACGCCGCUCACUAGAUCAUUCUUUUACGGUGAAUCUUUUUUCUUUAAAAGGUAGCCUCGGCUAAUGACUAUAAAGCUGUUGAAAAGGAACUAAGGAAGUUUCUCAAGGUAUGAACUUCGGUUUUAAGUGACAGCCUGCAAGCGACGCAGCGAUUAUUUUACCUUUAACGGAGGACGGAAAUUUUCAACAAAUUACGUUUGUAAAAUACCUCACUAAAAAGGCUUCUACUUUUGACUUUCUCGACCGCCAGAAAAUUUUCCCUCGGGGACACUAAACAAGCAAACGAAGAUGCGAACAGCUUCGUACAUGCGAAAGAGGAUAGUGGGACGAAAUGCAAAUACUCAGUUGACAGAAAGAAACGUUCUGGUCAGUCAAAUGGUCAGUCAGAAAAGCUAAGCAAUCUCCCAUGAAGUGCCGAAUGUUUAUUAGUUUAAUACGCUGCACAAGGUGGUUGUGAUUUUUGAGUUGGUGGAUAAAAUUCCAUUGUACGAUAAUUCUAAUGAAACCUGUGUUUGUUACCAAAACAAUUUGGCAACAUUUGGAUUUACAUUCCCAAGGACAAACAUAUUCUUUCCAGUGAGACUGCUUGUUAGUUAUUCCCUCAUCUACGAAUGCCAACUUCUUGCCUUUUGUAUCGACAGCUCACAGAAGAAAUUCUAGCGGAUGACUCAACCACGACAAAAUGCUACUCUCCUCUAGCGAAAACUCAAGUGCGAAAACAAAGAAAAGAAUCCACAUCGUACCGCUAUGCAAAACGAGAAUCAUGGUCUUCGACAGAUAACUCCAUGGAGGUACCGCGAAGACAGAGAGGACACAGCGGUGUUAGCAAGUCACCUCACAGCUCAACAGAAAUGCUCAAUCUAACAGAUGUACGGACCCCGUUACAAAUGAACACGUCUGCCCGGCCUUCAUUUUUGCGUACACGAGCAACGAUACCAAACAUGUCGAUGAAAACGAGAGAAAUUGCAGGAGGGCAAGCAGAUUAUGUGUGAAUCUUACCUGGUUGAUUGGCUUCAUUUCGCAGAAAUUAUUUUGGUUUUCGUGGUAGCUUCAGUGGCCUGAGCGGAAAGUACAACGAGGACUGCAUGAGAAGAAAGGCCCAGCGCGAUAAAAGAAGAACUGUAUCGGGAGCAGAAAAAUCAUAAAAACUGAGACUCACUACACUCUUCUUUUAUGAGAACGUUGUUUUUCCGGCCCACGGGCUAAAUACUCUUAUUUUUCUGACGAUUUUGGGCUGAAAAUAUUUUUGUAUUUUUCUUAAUUUAUAGCUUAUGAGUUUUUCGUUUAAGAGUGUAUUGGGGCAGUACAUUGCAGCGCAGAUUUCCUAGGUUUGGUGGCUAGUUUUGCCGUUUA